CAGUCAGUGGAACACGCUUCUGUUCGAAAACCAUCCGUUCGUCUCAUUGGAAGCGGUGUUCGGUAAACUAAUAAAAGCACCGCGGUAUUUAAGUAAAAGGGGAAAAGAAAAAUAAAUUUGUUUUCCGGGAAACGCGAGCAACGGUUUGUUUGAGUCGAUUUAUAUUCACCGAAAAAGGAACUUGAAGGGGAACAUUCGAAUUUGUGAGUGUAUUGUUUGUUAUUGUUCAAUCCGAUUGGAACUUCUUUAUGGAAACAAAGUGUAGAAAAUGAUUUUAAAGAAUAUGACGGUUUGAAAGAAUAAAGUACAAAAAAAUGUCGGGACCAGGAGGUCGCGGAAGUGGAAGAUCUCCACAUCAUUUUAGACCUCCUUCUCCGUACGCACCGUCGCCUCCGCCAAGACUAGGAGGCCCCGAUUAUGGAGCCAGACCAUCGAUGCCUUGCCCAAGACCUAGAUGGCCAGCUUCUAUCCCAAGGGCUCCAUCCCCGGUUGUUAAUCAAGGUCCCAAACCAUUCAGAUUACCAAUGCAUCCACCAUCGCCCGCUCCUAUGAGAUGUGCUUCACCAGAUUAUUAUCGAGGAAUGUCACCUUAUGAAACAUCUCACAGAAUUCUUUCCCCGAUUUCAAUUUCUUCUCCAGAAGUAAGUUCUGCUGGGAGAGUUGAGUACGAGUUCGUGGGUAUGCCAUUAGAACCACCGCCGUUACCGCAACACUACGACCCAGACGAAGAGGAUUCUGGUCCGUCCACUGCGGAGAUAAUCGCAAACCAGUCUCAGGACUACGUCGACGAAAAAUUGGCAGAGUACCAAGCGACUAUUUACCAGCUGCAAGAUGAACAGGAAAGAGUGCAAAAGAAAACUUUUGUAAACUGGAUCAAUUCUUAUUUAUCUAAGCAUGUUCCACCGCUUAAGGUUGAAGAUUUGAUCGAGGAUUUACGAGAUGGCACAAAAUUGUUAGCUCUUUUAGAGGUUUUAUCUGGGGAGAAAUUGCCUGUUGAAAGAGGUAGAGUACUACGCAGACCACAUUUUUUGAGCAACCAUAACACCGCCCUACAAUUUUUACAAACCAAGAGAAUUAAAUUGGUUAACAUCAAUUCAAGUGAUUUGGUCGAUGGUAGACCACCGAUUGUUCUUGGACUUAUCUGGACUAUUAUAUUAUACUUCCAGAUUGAAGAAAAUAGCCGUGCUUUGGAGUAUUUAACACAUUGGGAGAGUACUAGCAGUUUGGAGAGUGCUGGUACAACCUCCUCAAUUGCCAAGGAUAAAUGGAAACAAGGAGCGAGGAAGACUUUAUUACAAUGGGUUUCAAAUGCUUUACCAAGCGAUGCUGGGAUAGAGGUAAAAGAUUUCGGAGCCAGUUGGCGCGAUGGUGUUGCAUUCUUAGCGUUAAUCGAUGCCAUAAAAGCCAAUUUAAUAAACCUCGCUGAAAUGAGAAAAGAAUCUAACAGAGCCCGUUUAGAAACUGCCUUUGACGUAGCCGAAUCCCAAUUAGGAAUCGCUCGUUUACUAGACCCCGAAGAUGUUGACGUUCCUAAACCUGAUGAACGUUCCAUUAUGACUUACGUUGCCCAAUUUUUACACAAAUACCCCGAACCUAAAGGCCCAUCAUCCGAUGCCUUCACCACGCUUCAAGAAAAAUACAAUGAGUUAUUGUCGUGGUUGUUGAAAAAGACACAAUACUUGGAACAUUUACAACACACGAAUUCAUUACCUCUGAAUUUCGAUACUUAUUUAGCGUUUAAACAAGAAGUUGAUGAAAAAGAAGUGACUUUUAAUAGACUGAGGAAUAUUGUUGAGUCUCAAAGCUUAGUGUCUAUUACUAGGGAAUCUUGGAUUGAAUUAGAUCGUCUUUGGUCUUUGUUACAAUUCCAAUUGUUACAAUGGUUGUGGUUGUUGGAUUCUAAGUUGCCCGGCGAUUUUAAGUUUGUUGGCGAAUGGUUGGCCAAAGCUGAGAGAUUAUUAAACGAUAACGAAAUCCCUGAUGUUAUGAAUGAAGAAACUGCUGCUAUAAUUAGCAGAAAACUUGAGGAACAUAAAGCGUUCUUCCUAGAUCUUCCGACUGUACAAAACAAAUUUUUGCAAGCCUACAAUAGCCCGUUGGCGAGAGAAGUGCCUUCCGCUCAGCUGAGCAACAUGCAUAAGAGACUGAACGAUGUUGGACCUAAAGCAGCUCAAAGAAGAGUUAAACUCAAGUUCCUUGAGCACAAAUGCUGCCUAAUCGCAUUUUUGCAGCUAACCGAAAUGAAAUUAAAAAGCUGGACUUCAAAGUAUGAGAGUUUGGAUAAAGUUGUCCAACAUUUGGAGCAAUACAGAAAUUUCGUUUCCAAAAAUCACAUUUUCCAAGAGUUUAAUAAAGCCUUCAUCGAUAUGGAGGCGGUUAUUGAAGAAUAUAAACGCGAUGGAAACAUUUCUAAACGAGAAUCAUCCGAUGUGGAUAAAUUUAUAAGUAACAUUGGUGAACGCUGGAAAGGAGUUUCCAUGGAAUUACGCUGCGUUCAAUCAAUGCUCGAAGAAGUAGUUGCCCAUUGGAGAAGAUGGAACUCCGCAUCCGUUGAGUUCGAAAAUUGGUUAAAUAAAGCAGAACAUGCAAUUACUUUGCCUGAGGAGCAAUGCAUGGAGUUCUUCCAGGAUAUUUCCGUUUGGAAAGCUAACUACCAAUUACUUGGGGAUACCGUUAGUUUCCUUAUUGCUACAUGUGAAAAUAAAGUCGCCAUGGAAAUGAGGGACCAAUACACAAAAAUGACCGAAAGAUGGGAAAAAUUAUACCCGAUUGUUAACCGAUAUAGUCACGCCGGCGAUAUACUAAGAAAUCGCAAAGACUUUAGAGCGGGAAUAGAAGUUUUAACCAACUGGUUACAAAAAGCAGAAGGAAUCUUAAACAAUCAAGAACUUGAAUCAACAGAAAAGAUAAAAUUACACUUGGAGAAAUUACAAGGUUUACAAGGAGAGGUUGAAUCUACCGAAAAUCUCUUCAAAAAUAUCAGCAAAACUUUCCAAACAUUAAUCCAAGAUUUAUCGCGAGACGAAGUUGACCGAAUGAUGGGAACCUUAAAGAAUCAAAAAGAAAGUUUAGUUAAAAUUCGGGCAUUAAUUCCAAUGCAAAUUCAUUUAUUCAAUCAAUUAUUGGUCCAACAACAAUCGUUAGAAUCGGGCCAAAAAGAAAUAAAUCAAUGGCUUGAUGAUGCCGAAUCUUUAUUAAGCAGCUUAGUUUUAACUCCAAAUAGAGACGAAUUAACCCAACAAUUAGACACUCACAAAAAAUUCUUCACAAGAACAUUAUACUAUAAAUCAAUGCUUGAAAGCAAGAACAAAGUGUUAAGAAACAUAAUCAAAGCUGUUGAUCAAACGAGCAAUGUUGAUGUUGAAAAGAUUAAUUCAAAAAUGGAACAAUUAAACGACAGAUUUGCUUAUGUAACCCAAAACGCCCAACUUUGGGAACAAAAACUACAAGAUACCAUACGAUGCUUGUUUAAUUUUAAAGAAAGCGAACGAGUAAUCGCAGACUGGUUGAAUAAAGCAGAACAACUAAUUGCUGAAACAAGAAUCGAUACCAAACAAGCCGUUGAAAUGCACAAAUCCUUUUUUGAAAGAGUCAACGAAAGAUGGAUUCAUGAAUUGGUCCAAAACGCCCAAGAUUUAUGUAAGUGUCUUCCAAACGAAGAACGUCCUCCAAUAAUUGAAUCGGUUGAAGCUCUCCAAAAGAAAUGGAAAGAAAUUCUUUCAUUUGCACCUCUUCACUUGAUGAGACUCGAAUUUAGAUUGGACGAAACCACAUUUGGCUACUACAUAAAGAAAAUUGAAAACGAAAUUAAAGUUGAGCAAGUAGCGUUAAGUAAAAAUGAAAAUGUUGACGCUAUUACAGCUAAAAAUAAAGAAUUUUUCGCACCGGAUGGAGCUUUAUUAGAAACGAGAAAGUGUUUGGAAGGGCUCAAGACCAUCGCGAAAAACUACGCUCAAUAUCAACCAGGGGAUAAAGUUCUUCAAGAAGCUUGCGAAAAAGCUGAAGUGAAAUGGAAGUCUAUCCACGCUAAGAUGAAGAGCUUGCAAGAUCAGCUUGAGCAUAUUCCAGAACAAUGGAGCAAUUACCACGACAGAUUUGCCAAGAUGGAAUCUUGGAUGAAUGGUGUUGAUGAUGUAGUGGGAAAUCUUUUCAAAAAUGUUGCUUCCAUUGAACAAUUUGAAGACGAAAAGAAUUUCUUCCAAAAAAUAUGUCAAGACGCAGAUGCCAAACGCGAAGAAGUUAAAUGGUUAGUUCAAACCUUAGAUUUCUUAACUUCACAUUGUUCAGAAUCACAAGCUCUAACAGAACAAACCAAAUUAGAAGCUUUGAUUUUGCGCUAUAAAAAUUUAUUGCCAAACUUGGAAGUAUCCAUGGUGAAGACUGAUGUAUUGACAAAAUGCUAUGUAUACAGACGCGAAGUAUACGAAGUAUGCGAAUUACUAACUAAAGUUAAAGAGCAAACCAAAAGAGAACCAAUUCCAGAAAACUUGGAAAUAAUCCAUCAAUUGAUUAAGCAACAAGAAGUUGCCGUACAGCAAUUAGAUUUGCAACGUUCAAACAUUAUGUCGAUGUUACAAAAAGGUAGAGAACUAGCCAAAGAAGAGCACGCCCCGAAAUUCGUAGAAGAUAACGCCAAUGUACUAGAGUUGGAAUGGAACAAUACCUUUGAAGGUUCCGUUGAUAGAUUGAGAAAAUUAAAACACACUCAAAAUUUGUGGAGUAAUUAUUCGGAACAAAAACAAGAAAUUGUUACUUUGUUAGCCCAAGCCGAAAACGACUUAAAGAAAAUAUCAAGUAAACACUACGAUUAUAGCAACCUCCCAGCUGAGCUUCAAGCGAAACAAAAUAUGAGUAUUCAUCUUAGAGAAACAACCGAGGAAAUGUUAAGAAGAUUGCGAGAUUUAUGCGAUAACUUAAUGAAGAUUACUCCACCAGAAAAGAAACCUGCGCUACAAAAAGAAGUACAUGAUAUCGAACAACGUUUACACACAACAUUAGUUAACGUUGACGAGCACGUUGUAUUUUUAGAACAAGUUACCACUAAAUGGGGACACUUCCAACAUAGAAUUUUUGAGCUCCAAAACUGGACUGUGCAAAAUGCUCCAAAACUUUUAACAAUAACUCAAGAAUUCGAUGCAGCCCCAGAAGAACGAGCUGUCACAGCAACAUUACUCAAAUCACAAUUAGCAGAAAAGAUCAACUUACUUGAAGAUGUCCAAAAAGAAGCAUCUGAAUUAAUGCCAGAUGAAACGGAUAGUGCUGACACUCAAAAAAUUAAAGCUGAAUUAGCAGCUUUAAAACACAAUGUAUAUGCGCUAAACACCAGCGUUGAACAACAAGUUGUUACCGUUAAUAGGGAUCUUGAGCAUUAUAAGUUGUGCCAAACUAUUCUUCACGAAAUAAAUCCAUGGGUUGAAGUUGCAGAAUCGAAAAUAUCAUCAGGGUUAGGAAAACCAGCAACAUUACAAGAAGCUGAAUGCAUGCAUAAAGAACUAGAACAAUUUGCAAUUGAAUAUGAUCAAAAUUUGCAAAAACUUCGCGGAGCUAUCGAUUUAAGUCAUCAUAUCGAAUCCAAAACAACAGCACCCGAAGAAAUUAACGCUAUGAGAUCUAGGUUUUCUGUGGUUGAAAGUGCCAAAGCACAGAAUGCGAAAAAAUUAGAAAAAUUGAUUGCUAACUGGAAGGAAUUUAACACCAACGCGGAUAAUAUAAAAACUUGGAUUCAAGACAAAGAGAAACUUGUAGCAGAAAGCCAAAUCAAUUUAGAUACCCCGGUUACAGAAAAAUUGGAAAGAGAAUUAGCUAAAUUGAAAAGUCUUGGUAAUGAAGUAUCAGAACAGCAUGCUAAAUUAAUCACAUUAACGCAAGCUUCUGAUUCAAUCAGUCAUAAUUUAACACCAGAAGGAGCCAGCGGGGUUAAACUUACCGUUCAUGAAUUGAAGGAAAAAAUUCUUAGAUUAGCCGAUAAUAUACGAAAGAGAAUCAAUAGCGUGUCUGAUGCAAUUCUCGCACGUCACGAAUUCCAAACUACAUUAUCAAACUUUACCACUUGGGUAAACCAAAUGAACACCAAUGUUGAUCAAAUUGAUAGUAUCAGAACUGAUAAAAUUGAACAAGUUUUGAAUACACUCCACGAGAUGCAUCAGGAAUAUUCCGAACGCGAACCUGCUUUCGUUUCCAUCUACGAAGAAGUAAAACGACUUAAUUUGAUGAAUACAGCCAAAGAAAAUGAACCGCUAAAUCAAGAAUAUAGUUACAUGGUGGAUAAUUAUCAAAAAAUUGAAACAAAGUUGAGACAUAAAAAGGAAGGAUUGGAAAAGUGGAAAGAACUCCUUAAUUGGCAUCAUGAUACCGACCAACAAUUAUCCCACAUCAAGUAUAAUGUUGAAAGCCAAAAACCAAAUGUAUCAACAUUAAAGCAACACAUAAACGAAAUUGAUGCUAUAAUUACUAAAGUGAUUGCAUGCAAGAAAACAGCAUCGGACAUUGAUAAAUAUAAGGAAGUAAUAAUUUUAGACAAAACAUCCGAAAAUCAAAUAACUGCAGAACAACUCGUAAGAGAAAUUGAAAUCAAAUCGAUUAACCUUAAAUCGCAUUUAUCAGAUAAAGUGAAAGGUUUAGAAGAAAUGGAUGUAAGGUGGAAGAAAUUAAAAGAUUUACAACACCAAAUAUAUGUUAACAUUGAAAAUUUACAACAUGCAUUGGCUCACGUUUACGAUAAUGUAAUAACACCAACCGAUUUAGAAGCGGUCAUCGAUAAGUUAAGCAACGUUUUAGAGAUGCACCUCCUCAAAAUUGAUCUUAAAGACAAAUUACAAAAAGAAGGUCAUUUAUUGAUUAAGGACGAUGUGCAACAAGCUACCGUAAUUCAAAAUAUUCUUUCCACAGUUGAAGCUAAUUGGAAUAAAUUCCAAGAUAAUAUUCGUCAACAAAAACUCACGUGCUCAGAACUAUUAAAUAAUUGGAAAGAUUUCUUAGACGAUAAAGAUAAAAUUCAAAAUGACUUAAUCAAAAUAGUGGAGAAUUGCGAAAGUAUUCAAACACCUAACGAUUCCAUACAAGCAAAUUUAAAUAAUGAGAAAAGUAAGAAAGCAUUGGAAGCAAUUAGGAGGGUUAAAAUUGUUUUAGAUAAACUAGACGUCAAGACAGAUCAACUUAUCAAAAGUGCUGAGCUUGUUCCUCAAAUAGAAAAGAAUGUAAAAGAUGAAUUAAGAAAAACGCAUGAUGAUUGGUCUAAAGCCUACGAAAAGGUUUUGAAAUUGUCACAAAUGACGGAAUCACAAAAUGUCAUUUGGAAAAACUUGGAUGAAACUAAGAAUAAGAUAACUCAAUGGCUUACCCAUCAAAACUCUUGUAUUUUAAGCGCUUUGGAGAAACCAAACGAAGUCGAAAUAGCUCAACACGUUUUAGCGAAAUACCGAGAAGAAUUACCAGCUAAUUUAAGCCUAAAACAAAGCAUCCCAAAUAAAUGCAAACAACUAUUAAAAUUAAACGAAAAAGAUGAACAACCAUCCUUAACAUCUCUAAUGAAGGUAAUUGAUGAUGAGUUCGAAGAGGUUAAUAAAAACGCCGAAAAGCUUGAUUUAGCAACAUCGCUUUUUGGAGAGAAAGAAAAAGCUGUUAGAACGAACAUUAAAGAUGUUAACAAUCAAAUUUCAACGAUACGAGAAAACAUUAUUAAAUGCGAGGAUUUAAGCGGGGAAAAUACGCAGAUUUUAGAACGAUUACAAACUUGUCAAGUUUUAAAACGAGAAUUAUGCUCAUGUGAGCCUAAAAUUAAAAACAUCGAACAAAACAUUCAAGAAUUAAAAAAUAAUUACCCAACGGUUCUCGAAAGCGGAUUACCGAAAGAACAUCAAAACCUUAAAAAACGAUACGAUGGUUUACUCAUUCACGCAAACAAAAUUGAGGCAUCAUUGCUUGGUUUCUUGAAAAAGUUCCACAACGAAAAGUACGCCGCUUUAAACAGAAUUAUUCAAACGCAAAAAGAAAAGGUGCAAUGGUGUUUACCUGAACCCACCAGUGACAGAUACAACUUAGAAGUAAAAUUGAGUACUUUAGCCCCUAUUCAAGCCGCUUUACUUGAUUGUGAUAAAAGAAAAGCAGAAUUAGAACAAUCAUUAAAGGUGUUGGAAGGAAUUGAAUCCCCCGAAUCAAUUAAAUUACUCGCAGCUGAAAAAGGUCGUUUACUAUCCGAACUCGACACCUUAAAACAAAGUUAUUCAAACACCAAGAAGACGUUAGAAGAACAUAUCAAAUUAUUUGAAAAACACGAAGAUUUAUCACAAAAAGUUUCAAUAUGGUUAAAAGACGUUGAGAAUCGCGUUCGGGUUGAAAACACAACUCAAAUUGAUUUGGAUCACGUGGACGAUAAAAUCAUUGAAAUCGAAAAAUUACUUCAAUCAGUAACGCAACAUCAAAAUGAAUUCAAAAAUUUAACCGAAUUAUCUAACCAGAUUAUCGAAAAAUUACCUGAAUCUAGAGUCGCCCAAUAUGCGCAACAUUUAAAUACGAGGUAUCAAGCAAUCAUUAAAUUUUUAUCUAAUUACAUCGAAAAAUUAAACGAGUUAAAUAACUUUAAAAAAUUAUACAAAGAUAGUAUCGGCGAUGUGGAAAAUUGGUUGGUACAAGCCCAAGAAAAAGUGCAAUCUUUUAAGGAAUACACAGCGAAAUCCUCAAGGCCCAAUCAAUCUACUUUGAACGAGUUGAAGAAAUUUGCUGCCGAACGAGAACGAGGGCAACAACUAUUAAAUAGAGCGGUAGAAAACGGAGAAGCGCUAUUUUCUGGAAUAACGUCGGAAAAUCGCGAAGCAAUUCGCGCGGAAUUAAGAGGAUUGCGAGAUAAAUCAGAAACUUUAAUCGAUGAAGUAAACGCCAUUUACAAACAAGUUGAGAAUAUUUUGAUGAAACGACAUUCUUUCGAUGAUAGUUUGGCGCAAGUUAGAAUUUGGUUAGAAGAUGCGCAACAUAAAAUUAAAGACUAUAAAUUAGAUGAGAAUCUAACGAAAAAGAAACAAACUUUACACGAUUAUAACGCUUUAGCCACCGACAUAAAUUUACAUAAAAAUAUUCUUGAGCAUUUAAAAGAAAAAACGGUUCAAUUAGGUGAUUCAGAAGCAGAUGUAAAAUUAGAAGAAAUUUAUGCUCAAUAUAAUGAAUUAGCAAAGAAAGCGAAUGAAUGCGUUGAAAAAUGGGCGGAUUAUGUGAAUAAUCACGAAAUUUACAUCCAAGUAUUAGAAAAAUGUAGAGAUUGGUUAAGUGCUUUAUCAGCUGAAGCUACUUUGUUGGUAGACGAAAUCUCCACCCAAGCUUCCGACGCUAAAAUGAUCGUAGUUGAAAAUUUAUUAGCCCAAAAAGAAGAAGGCGACAGAAUUAUAAGAUCUUGUAAAGACCAACUUGAUGUGGUUUUAGACCAAACAGCUCCAGAAGGACACCCAGCUUUAAUCAAAGCUUAUGAAGACCAAGUUGGCGCAUGGAACAAAUUUUUGAGCAUGUGUUCAGAAGCGCACAUAAAACUAAACGAACUAUUUGGACAAUACGCCGAAUUCAAAGCUAAUUUGGACGAAUUAGAAGCAUGGAUUAAACAAAAAGAAAAUCAAGUUAAAGACCAAAGUCUUAAAAAUACACUAAAAGCUAAAGAGGCUCAUUUAGAAAAACUUCUUGCAUUAGAAAAAGAAAUUUUAUCAAAAUCAAAUGACGUUAAGAAAGCUGCUGAUUUAGUUAACACCAUUGAUGACACAAAUUUCAUUGAAAAAGUUUCAAACUUAGUAACAAGAUAUGAAUCAUUAAUUAAUAUUUCAAAAGAAAAUAUACAUAAAUAUGAAUCGUUUAUUAAAGACCAUAAAAACUUUAAUGAAAAUUACAACGAAUUGAUUGAGUGGUUAACCCAGAAAAAAGAUGAAUUACAAGAUUUGAGUCAUAUUGUAGGCGAUGUCCAAGUUUUGCAAGACCGUCAAGAAAAAAUUAAAGAAUUAAUCGAUAUGCGAAAUCGACGAAGUGAAGAAUUUGAAAAUCUUAUUCAAAAUGGUGAGAAAUUAUACUCGCACACAUCACCAGAAGGAAGAGAAAUUAUUAGGCAACAAUUGAGAAAUAUCAGAACUAUUUGGGAUGGUUUCACCGAUGAUUUACAAGGCGUUAAGAACAAAUUAGAACAAUGUUUGACACAAUUCGCCGAUUUUUCAACAGCCCAAGAAGAAUUAACCAGAUGGUUACGAGAUGUCGAAAAAGCUAUGCUACAACACAACAAAUUAAAUAACACUCUACAAGAAAAACGAGCACAACUUCAAAACCACAAAAUUAUGAACCAAGAGAUAACUUCACAUCAAACUUUAGUUGAAAACGUUUGCGAAAAAGCUCAACAUUUAGUCGAUCAAACAUCAGAUAAAUCACUUAACGUUUAUCUUCAAUCAAUUAAGCAACUAUUUCAAAGUAUAGUCGAAAAAAGUCAAGAUCUACUCACAAACUUAGGCGACUGCGUUGAUAAACAUAACGAAUUCAACAAUAAAGUUAACGCGUUUAAAAAUUGGCUAAACAAAGAAAUUGAACAAAUUCAAGAACUAAACGAUAUAACCGGCGAAAAAGGAGAUAUAAACACAAAAUUAUUCACACUAAAAAUGAUUAAAAACAACGAAGUUGAAGGAAAUCGAUUAUUGGACGAUUUAAAACAACAACUAACACUUGUUGCUAAAAGUACAGCACCUAAAGGAGUGGAAGAAUUAAAAAUUGAACUCCAAAACCUUCAAGACUCAAUGACACAACAUUACGCAGAAACCGAUAAAGUUAUUGAAAAAUUGGAAUCUAUGGUGAUAUUAUGGCAAGAUUUCGAGGAUAAAAAUAAAUCCAUAAAUGACUGGUUAAAGACAAUAGAAACGAAAUUGCGUUCUAAACCAUUACAAUCAACUUUGGCGGAAAAACAAGAACAUCUUGAAACAAUUCUUGCUGAGAAAAAUGAAAUAUUAGGAAAAGAAAAGGAAAUUGAUGCCUUCGUGGAUAGUUCGCAUGCUUUGAUUCAAAAAUCAGAAGUGCAACGAAUCAAACCUUUAAUUUCUCAAAUAUCGGCACGUUAUCAUAAUUUGUUGGUACAAAGUAAAGAUGCAGCCACAAAAUGGCAGGAAAUGGUGGAUAAUCACCGAAAGUAUCAAGAAAAACUAGAUGAAACAUCGAAAUGGUUGCAACCAUUAGAGGAACAUUUAAAAUCGUUGCAAAGUGGGGAUUUAGUAAACGAUGUUCAAGCUACAAGUAACAUUUUGCAGUUAUUAUUAACUGAAAGAGAACAAGGUGAUCAUAAGAUUAAUUCUUUAACGAUGAUCGGCGAACAACUAUUUCCAUACACCGAAGCUAAAGGAAGAGAAAUAAUAAGAAACACUUUAAGGAAUAUUAGAGAACGUUGGGAUGUUUUAGAGGAAGGUAUUAAGGAGCAACAGAAAUUACAAGAUGCCCAAUCAACGAAUAUGUCGAUGUAUCAAGACAUUCUUCAGCAAGUCAUCGCUUGGUUGGAUUCGAUGGAAAAAGUUCUUCAUGGGGAACCAUCCACCUGGACAACAAUGCAAGAAAUUAAAGUAAAAUUACUUAAAUUUAAAACUACGUUACAAGAAAUUAUAUCCCACAAAAAAGUGGUUGAUGGUGUAACGGAAAAAGGUCGAGCAGUCGUAAAAUUAAUUAGCAACAAAGAACAAACAGCUGAAGUACUAUCAAACAUUUCCACCAUCAACAAACGAUAUAAAAAUCUUCAACAAAAAUGCGAGGAUAUAAUCAAACAAUUUGAAAACUCAAUCGAAAUCUAUCAACAAUUUUACGAUCUUCAAAAAGAACAUCAAGAAUAUCAGAAAAUACUUUGGGAUAAAUUAUCGAUGUAUUCCGACCAUACCGGAAACAAACAAAUUCUUCAAAACAAUUUGGCUAAAAUUAACGAAAUUAAAGAUUUAUUAACCGAUAAUAAAUUAAAAGAUCUUGAAGAACACGUCGAAACGAAAGCCACUAUUCUUCCUGCAAGAAUUCAGGAAGGAAUGCAAAGAGAUAUCGCCAAUUUAAAAUACGAUUUUGAUAAAUUUGUCGCUUCACAUGAAAAUGUAACCUAUGAAUUAGAAGAAAAGUUGAAGCAAUGGAAUGAAUAUGAGAAUGCAAUGGAUCGAUUGUUGACUUGGUUAGGCGAAGCGGAAUUAACGUUGAAAAAUUUCGUUCUUCAAAAUACACUGGAAGAGAAACAAGAACAGCUAGAUAAAUAUCAAGUACUGGCUAAAAUUAUUGAUUCUCACAGCCACGAACUAAAGGAAUCUAUUAUUCUGAGUGAUCAUUUGGAGCAAGCAUUAAUACUCAGUUUAAGACAAACCGAAACUGAAUUGGAUAAACUAUCAGAUGAAUCUACGGAACUUGUUCAAACUAGUGGAGAUACACACAUUUCAGUCAACAUGCAACAAAUAACUUCCCGAUUUCAAUCAGUACAAAGUACCACAAAAGAAAUUGUGAAAAAAUGUGAACAAGCAGUAAAUGAUCAUAAACAAUACAAUGAGAAGUAUCGGCAAUGUACUGAUUGGAUAGCAGCAACUCAAGCAAGAUUUAACGCGUGUAAAGAAAGCAUUAAAACUGGUACUCAAAAUGUAUUAGCAGAACAAUUAAAAGUGAUAGAAGAGCUACUUUCCCAACAAACCAGCGCUAACUUGCUUCUCAAUAAUACGAUUGAGUUAGGUGAAAAAUUAUAUUCUACAACUGCUGCUCAAGGUCGCGAAAUUAUUAAUCAACAACUUCAAAAUCUUCAACAAGCUUUCGAAGGAUUAUUUGAUAACAUAAGCAGCACUGAAAGAGAUUUCAAAGCUAAAUUAAGUAGAUGGAUUGGAUUUGAUGAAUCAGUGGAAAGUAUUAAACAGUGGUUGAAAACCAUCGAACAACAAUUACCACAAGAACUUAUUUUACGUGAAACCCUUGAAGAGAAACAACAUCAAUUACAAGCUUAUCGUAACUUAUUAUACGACGCUGUAACUCACCAACAAGAUAUUGUUGAUCUUCGCGAUAAAGUCGAUAGUUUACCAGAUAAAAACGAAAAAAUCGAUCAACAACUUGGUAUUAUUACGGAACAACACUCUAAAAUAUUAAAACGAGGCCAAAGAUUUGUGGAAAAAUACGAAACUUUUGUCAGCGAUCAUCAACAAUUUAAUAAAGGAAUUUCCGAGACUGAAGAUUGGAUUGUUGAUCUUCAAAACAACGUGAUUCUUUGGGGCGAUACCGAUGUUGAGAGAAUCACAUUAUGCUCCAACUUAGAGAGAUUAAAGAAUUUGUAUUCUACAUUACCAGAAGAAACAAUAAGAAUAACAUCAAUAAAACAUCUUUCAGAUAAAGUAAUCGCUGGCACUAAAGAUACUGGGCAACCCAGCAUUAGAUCGCAAUCAGAUAGCCUUCAACAAGAAUGGGCAAAAUUAAUGUCCUCUUUAGAAAAAACGAUCGAAGCAAUCGAAGCCAAAUUAGAAAAUUGGUCCGAUUACGAAGACCUAAAAGAAAAAUGUCAACAUUGGUUAAGAGAAACAGACACAAAAUUACACCAAGUUGACUUAAAAGCCACCUUACCAGAAAAAGAAGACCAAUUAGCCACCUUGAAAGAAUUAAACGGUGAAAUAAGAGCUAAAGAAUUAGAAAUUGAUAGAGUAACGGAACGAGGUCAACAAUUAAAGAGAAUCGGUUCCCAAUCAGUGUCCGAUUUAGGAAUUAAAUAUCAACAAAUCUUCCAUAAAGUUAAAGAUUUAACGUCGCGUUGGCAACAAUACGUCAAUAACCAUCAAGAUUUUGAAACAAAAGUAGCUCAAUGUCAACUCUGGUUAGACGACAUUCGCGCAAAAUUGUUGUACUGUUCGGAUCUGACAUCUAUCAAUCAGAAGGAGUUAGAAGUUAAACUUGCCGUUUUACAAGAUUUAAUAUUAUUUAAAGAGGAGGGAUACGGAAAAAUUCAAAACCUUGUCGAGUUGGUACAAAUUGUUUUAGCCAAUACAGCGCCAAGUGGCCAUGAAGCCAUAAACAACACCUUAACGAAUCUGCAAGAACAAUGGUCUAGUUUAGCAUCAAAAAUGAUCGAAACCAAGGCUGUGUUGGACGAUUCUAUACUAAAAUGGACGAGAUUACUCGAACAAACUCAAGGUUUAAAUAAAACCAUUGAAUGGUUGGAAACUCAAUUGGGCGAGUUAUCACAAUUCCAAAGUAAUAUUCCCGAAAAGAAAGCUCAAUUGAGUAGAAUUAAAAAUGUCGAAGAAAAAGUUAGAUGUGAAAAAAUAGAGGUGGAUAACCUCAAGAGUAAAGCGGCUGAUAUGUUGGCAACGGCACAACAAAGUCAAGCUAGAAGUGAAGCUAAACAAAUUCUAGAUAAAUUUGAUGAAUUAUUUGGAAAAAUUCAAAAAUUAUUAUAUGAAAGAGAGCAACAAUAUCAGGACCAUAAAAGCUAUAAGGAAGCUUAUGAAGAAUUACAAAGAUGGUUAACAAGAGCUCAAGAAAAAUUACCUCAAAUUAAACAGAGACCUUUAAGCGAUAAAAUGGCAGUAGAAAAUUUUGCAGCGCCAUUAGAUACUUUGUUAAACAAACAAGCGCAAGGUGAAGUUUUAUUGGAUAAUUUAGAGCAAAGUGCAGAAGUUGUUAUACCUAGUACCAGUGGACCAGGACAAGAAAUUAUUAGAAAUGAAACUAGAGCUAUCAGAGAAAGUUAUGAACGGCUAUUUAAAGAUCUUCGAGAACAACGUGAUCAACUUGAAAAAGUUUUAGUACAUUGGCGUGAUUAUAAAGAUGAAUACGAACGUUUAUCGGAUUGGUUACAACAAAUAGCAAUCUUAACGAAAAACCAAAAGAUAGCUUUAUCAGCUACAUUGCAAGAAAAAGCCAAACAAGUAGAAGAUGUAAAAGAAAUUCUACAUAAACUCAAAGUUGGUAGAGAUCAAAUCGACAAAUUCAAUGAAUCCGCUAAAGUUCUUCUAAAAUCACCAUUAGACACUUACGUCAACAACCAACUUCAACAAUUAAAUUCCCGCUAUCAAGUUGAAUUGAACUUUGCUAACGAUGUCUUAAAGAAAGUUGAAACGAAUUUCGAACAACACCAAGAAUUUAAUGAUAAUUUAGAAAAGAGUAAGGAGUGGAUUUCAAACGCUCGGGAGUUAAUAAGAAAUUGUUCUGAUGGAACGUCGAGUAGCAGUAAAGAAGAACUUCAAUCCAGGUUGGAUAAGAUUCAAGAUUUGUUACAAAGAAGAGAAGAAGGGCAAAGCUUAGUUCAUACUACAAUUAAUAAUGGGGAGAAAGUUUUACGAAACACAAGAUCUGACGGAAAAGAAACCAUUAACAACGAAAUUAAAGAUUUACAAACAGAAUGGGAGCGAUUAGUUAAAAAGAUGUCAACAGCUAAAGUUAACUUAGAAACAGCCCUUCUUCAAUGGGCUGAUUACGACUCAUCUUAUAAUCAAUUAAGACAAUGGAUAACCGAUCGUGAAGCUAAAUUACAACAAGUUUGCGAACAAAGAGUGGUCGCUAAGAAAGGUCAAAGUGGUUUGAGUUCUUUACCGAUUGGAGAAAGAAAAGCAACUCUCCGAGAAACCAACAAUAUUGUUCAAGACAUUGAAUCUUUUGAACCGAUGAUUCAAUCUGUAACGUCCAAAGCUGAGGAUUUAAUGCAAGGCGCUCCCGCAUCCGAAAUUUCAACAAAAUACGAAAGCUUAUCCAAACAAGCCAAAGAAUUAUAUGCUAAACAAAAAGAAACCGUUGAACAACACCAAGCGUUCGUUGAUGCCGUUAAUGACUUCAUGCAAUGGAUAAGAAUUGCUAAAGAAAAAUUAAGCAAAUGUUCUGAACCAACCGGUGAUAAAGAAACAUUGAGUAGCAAAUUAUCCCAACUAAAAGUGCUUUUAAACGAACAACCAAUUGGUCAAAAGAAACUAGAAGACGCUUUAGAACAAGGAGAUUUAGCGGUCCAAUGUGCCGAUGAAGAAGAUAAAGAAAUUAUUGAAGAAGAACUCGGCCUUCUUCAAGAUGAUUUUGAUAAUUACGUUGAAUCACUCACUAACAGUAAGUCCCUUCUUGAAGUGGGCAUCGUAAAAUGGACCGAAUACGAAGAACAAUAUCAAGAUGCGUUAGAAUGGCUCGCCCAAACUGAAGAGUUAGUACAAUCCUAUAACAAACUUCAAGAUGGCCUUGAAGAAAAACGAAUGGUUUUAGAACAAUUUCAAUUGCAUCUUCAAACAUUAUUUGAUUGGCAAAAAGAUUUAGAUCGGCUCAAUAUGAAAGCUCAAUCUUUACUCGAAACGUGCGCGGACACAAGAAUUAGUAAUGCUGUUACUCAAAUGUCCACUAAAUACAACGCAAUAUUAUCUUUGGCUAAAGAAAUAAUGCGACGUUUAGAGUUACAUUAUCAAGAACACCAACAACAUAACGCGUUGUAUCAAGAAUGUCAAGAUUGGGUGUACAGAACAAGAGAGAAAUUGAAUCAAUGCAGUGAGCUUCCAAAUGUUUUAAGCGAAGUUAAUAAUAAACUCCAAACAGUAAAAGGAAUACGAGCUUCUUUGGAACAAGGUCAAAACAAACUCCGAUACAUACUCGAGUUGAAAGAAAAAGUUAUCAUGAAUACCGAACAAUCAGGAGCGGUUAAAAUACAGGAAGAUACAGAAAAUCUUCAACAAGAUAUGGAAAAAUUGCUUGAAGACGUAAACGAAGCUCGAAAUAAAUUACAAAAUCGCGCAACUCAACUUGAAUCGAUUAGCAAAAUGCACAGUAUGAUUGUUGAGUGGCUACAAGAUGUCGAGCAUCAAAUUCAAUCUGAUAAAGGAUUCUUAAACGAAUUAAGCGAGAAAAAAGCUCAAUUAGAAAAAUAUAAGAACCUACAAAGAGAUAUUGGAAGCCACAGUGAUUUGUUUAAUAAAUUAAAAUCAGCAAUCGAUGAAGAUGAAUCUUUAAAUUUCGAUGAAUACAACACCACGUUCGAAAAAUACGACAAAUUAAAGAAAAGCGUCUCUGAUAACAUCCAAAGUUUGGAAAAUCAAGUUAAGGAACACGAACAAUACAAACAAAUUUACCAAGAAACAUCAGAUUGGAUUAGAAACACACAUCAUCAAAUCCAACAAUGUUCCAAUUUGCACGAUAAUCUUGAUAAAACGAAAGAAAAAUAUCAAAAAAUAUCCGAAAUUAUUUCGUCUUUAUCAGCAUGCGAUGAUCUUAUACACAAAACAAUUAAAAUCAGUAUAUCCGUUAUGAAAACUACGGGAAAUGAAGGACAGAGUAUAAUCAAACAAGAAAUUGAGCAAUUAAAGAACGAUUGGGAAGGGCUUCAAUAUGUUUGUAAAGACACAGAAAAAUCAUUAAAGAAAUGUAUCGAAGCUUGGGAACUUUACUUGACCAGUUACAACGACUUAAAACAAUGGAUUGAAACGUACCGAAAGAAAAUUGAUGAUGAAAAAAUAGACGAAAGAAAAACACCCGAAGAUUUGGAAAGGACUAAAAACAUCCUCAAAGACAUCACCAUGAAAAAACCAGAAAUGGAACAACUCAACGAUAAUUGCGAAAGUCUUAUGGAACAAAGUGCGUGUAGUUGGAUUAGAGAUCAAACAGUUCAAUUGCAAGGGAUGUACACAAAUCUUCUUACAAACGCCCAAGGAUUAGUUUCAAAAGUCGAAAAGAGUCUUUCUGAUCUAACCGAAUUUAUAAAGGCUAAAGAAAAAAUCGAUGAGUGGUUAAAAAAUACUCACACCACUCUUCAAACGUGUCUAGGCGAAGGUGACGAAUCGGUAUUGAAAGAGAAAAUGGAAACGGUUGUGGUUCUUUUAGCCCAAAUGCCUGAAGGUCAAAAUCUUUUAACAUCACUCCAAGAAGCGUUUACGAAAGCGAUCGAUACGGUACCGCCAAAUAAACAAGAACAAAUUCGGGAUGAUCUCUCAGAAAUGAGAAAUAGUUUUGAACAGUUAAGUAUGAACGUAACAUCUUUGCAAGCUCAAAUUAAAGCUGGGUUAAGCCGAUGGGACGAUUUUAACCUACUCAAAAAGCGAUUAGAAAGUUGGUUAAGUGAAACUGAAAAUACUCUCCAGCAAACUCCAAAUACGAAGGGUGAAUUAAGCGAGAUAAAAACAUCGUUGGAGUUCUUUAAAAAUUUGCAGAAUGAAAUCGCUAAUAAGAACGUCGAUUUGAAUAAUUUGCAAUCGGAGGCGAGCGUUUUAAGUACUUGGGCUAAACAAUCAGCUGCCAAUGAAAGUGUUAAACUUCUUAACGCACGUUACAAUAAAGUCGUUUCUCUUUGCGAUAAACGCAAACAAAACUUAGAAACAGAAAUGAACGCGUAUAAUAUUUACCACCAAAGUCUUCAAGAUACAGAAAAGUGGUUAUUACAAAUUUCGUUCCAUCUGAUGGCCCAUAAUUCUUUAUAUAUCAGCAAUCGUGAACAAACGGAAGAACAAAUUUCUCAACACGAAGUUUUAUUAGACGAUAUUCAAAAGUAUCAAUCGACUUUGGAUGAUUUAAAAUCUAAAGGACAUGGACAAAUUGAAAGAUACUCGGGAAUUCCAACCGUAAAAGACGUUAUUGAAAAACAAUUAAAUAACGUGCAAGAAAGUUACAAUUCAUUGCUACAAACAGCUGUGCAAAUUAAAAAUAGAUUGUUGGAUUCGUUGGCUAAAUUUAAAGAGUACGAAGCCACUAUUGACAGUAUUAGCAAUAAUUUGGAUAAAUACGAACCGAUAUUGGAUGAAGAAAUGGAGAAGCCUAUUAAUAAUUUACAAGAAGCUAAAGAACUUUUGGAAACAGCUAGGGGCAUUCACAACUUCUUGCAAAAUGAAAAAUCAAGGCUAGCUCUUGCAGUUCAAGCAUGCGAAGCUGCAACAGCUUCAAUAAGUCGUCCAAGUAGUCCAAGAGAUACCUUACCGCCACCUAUUCCAAUCAAAGAACUCGAAGUUCGUGCAAGAUUAGAAGAUUUAAUUGAUCAGGUGCAAAAUCAUCUGGGUAAUUUAACUUCAUCGGUGGCUCAAUUUGAAUCAAAAGAAAAACAACGUGCUGAACUUAAAGAUUGGAUUUUAUCAGAAAAGGCUACCAUAACAGAUUGGGCACUGCGACCAUCUAAAUUGAGAUCGGACGCGGCAAAGCAAGACAUAACAAACAUGAAUGAUUUAUUAACAUUGGUUGGUCAGAAACGAAUUCAACUUAAUUCUGAAUUAACUGGACCGGAUGAUGAUAAUGCAGAGUUGGAGCAAUUAUUUGAUGAUUUGGAAUUGAAGAUUAAUAACGCCAUAGUGGAUAAACAAGGAAAUCAACAAUUAAUUGAAGAUUAUCUUCAAAAUAUUCAAGCAACGAAUGCUUGGUUCGAUAAUUUGUCUAAAAGAAUUGAUGUCGUUGAUAAAGGAAGUGGAAUGAGUUGUGUUCAGAAACAAUCAGUGACUAUGGAUCUUCAAACAGAAUUUGAUGAUCAAGCUCCUAAGAGAAUGGAAGAAAUUAAACGAUUAGCUGCUAAAGUAAUGGACGUUGUCAAUAACUUGGAUGCCCAACAAAUUGAGGAACAACUAAAAAGUGUUGAAAGGAAGAAGAACGAUGUAGCGAAACGCCUUCAAAGGAAAUUACAAGUGUUAGAGACAACAAAGAAAAGAAUCGAUGAUACUCGUAAUGAAAUCGAGCAAGCUCGCGAUUGGGUUAAGCAAAAAGCAGAAGAAAUAAAAGCAACACCAUUAGGAUUUGAAAGCCGCAAAGCUGAAGAAAAACUAGAGGCGCUAAACAAUUUAUUGAAACAAACUGAAAAUAAAAUUGCCCAAAGAGAAAAUUUAGCAACGUUAGUUAGCAACAUGGUAAACGAACUUGAGCCGAUUGAACAAAACGCUUUAGAGGCAGCCCUUGACAAAUUAGGAGCAGAACAAGAUGCUUUAAUCGACAAAAUAAAAAGUGAAAUCUCAAACACCGCAUCGGCGGUUAAUACAAGAAAGAACUUUGAAGCUAACCUUGAAGCAGCUAAACGCUGGCUCAAAGCGAAAAACUCAGACAUUCAAAAACUAUCGGGGUAUUUACCAUUAAAAUCGACAGUUGUUGAAAAGGAGAUAUCUCAACACCAAGUUUACGACACCGAAAUUAAAGAAUUCUACGAAGGCGAUCUUAAUGAUCUAUUAAAAUUAGGUCAUAGUCUUCUAAAAGAUUGCAGCGAUGAAGAUAAAGAAAGAUUAAAUCGCCUAUUAAAAGAAGUCGAAGACGAAUACGAUACUCUUAAACACGACUCUAAACAAAAAAUUAUGGCACUAACUGAUUUGUUACAAGGACGUAGACAAUUUGAGGGUGAUCUUAAUAAAUGUGUGGAUUGGUUAAAAGAAGCUGAAGUCGCAACAUCCGACGAUAUCCGUGCAUCUAGCAUCGAAAUCUUAGAAGAACAACUUGAAAAAUACCUCAAAUUGAGUGAAAACGCAAAGAAAAUGAAAGAAAAUAUCGAUAAAGUAAAUGAGCAAGCCAAAGCGAUUCUCCCAACAAUUUCCGAAAGCGACAAAAUUACAUUGAACGAACAAUUAAAGAACAUUAAAGAUAGAUAUGCCCAAAUCGUUGAUGUAAUCCAAGAUAGAACAAAUAGCUUGAAAUAUCAUUUACAUCAACAAAGAGAUGCAGCCCAAAAAAUUGCUGAAAGUUUGCAAUUUAUGCAAGAAAUUCAAAACGCACUCAAAGAUUUAAAUAAACCAAUCGGAAGCAAAGUUGAGGAUGUUAAAAAUAUUUUACAAAGUUACGAGAAAAUUUUGGGAGAUUUAAAAUCUAACAGAGCGAAAUUAGCUGAAAUUCCAAGCACCAGUAAGGAUCUUCAAGGAGUUUUGAGCCAACAAGAUGAUUUAAUGAAAAGUGUUGAAGAUCAAAUCGCUCGAUUAAAACAAUUACUCCUUAUUAGAGAGCAAUACAUAGCUUUGAUUACGGAAAUAAUGAAUUUUAUUACUAAAUACACUGAAGUUGUACGCGAUAUCGAAAAAUCUGGUAAAACUGUCGAAGAAAAAAUCGAAAAUUACGGAAAUAUCAUAAAUAAAAUUCAAGAAUGUGAAGCAUUGUUAGCCACUGCUUAUGAUAAAGGCCAACAAAUCAUAGCAGAUGGUUCUGCUCAAGAUAGAAAUGAUGUUACGGAACAAUUACAAUCGUUGAAGCAAUCGUUACAAAAUUUGAGAAGAGAAGUUGAAAGGCAAAAGGAAAAACACGAAAACACUGCUUUAGAACACAAAAAAUUAGCAGCGGAAUUAGACGAAAUUUUGGAUUGGUUACAUGGAAAUGAAGCGACAAUUCGAUCAAGGCCUCUAUUAAAUAGAGACAUUCAAAAUGUAAUCACUGAACUUGCAGCUCACGGAAAAUUAGCUGGUGAUGUUAACAAUUAUUUAGACAGAGUAAGACACGUUCAAGAUAAAACUAGACAUGAUGAUGGAAUGCCGGGAUCGUUAAUAGAAAAACUUUCCGAGGCAAGUUCUUUACUCCAAUCACUUCCACGAGAAUUAGAAGAACGCAAAAAAUAUCUCGAAAACAACAAAGCUUUAAGAGAGGAAUACGAAGCCCUUAAACUAAAAUUAUACAAUUGGGUUAAAGAAGCUGAAAUUAGACUUCAAAGUAACAAAGAUGGUGUUGACUUUGCCAAUAUAGUGUCCGAUCUCGAAGAACAUAAAAUUUUCUUUAGCACGGAAGCUUCAAUGAAAGAAUUGGUAUCGAUUUUAAUCCAACAAGCCGCAGAUAAAAUUUGGCCGAGUUUAACCGCUGGCGAACGAGAAGAAUUGAGCAGGGAACAACAACAGCACACCCAAGUUUUAAAGAAUACAUUAAACUCAGCCAAAUCAGAACGCGCCCAAUUAGAACAAGACGCCGAAAUUUGGAAGGAAUACUGCCAAAUGUUAGAUAAAGUGAAAUCAGUGAUUUCAAGAACGAAAUUCGUCGACGAACCAGUUUGCACUUUGGCCGGACUACAUUUCAACACGCAAAAAAUCUCACAUGCUUUAAACGAUGUACAGAAUCAACAGGGUGAAUUAGAUCUUCUUUUGGAACGAGUUAACGAAUUAAUUAAAAGAGCCGAUAAAAUAAAUAAACAAAAUAUCGGUUUGCAAAGUUCAGCGGUUUCAAACGAAUGGUAUUCGCUGAUAUCGGAUCUGGAGUCGCGAAGAGAUACACUGACCAAAUUAGCGCAGGUUUGGGAAACAUUCGAGGGUCGUUUUCAACAUUUCGAAGGACUUUUGGUCGGGUUAGAAGAAAAAUCGAAACACAUCGAUCUUAUAAUUAGAAGUAAACAGCAUGUGACAAGUACAAUCCAAAAUAUCGAGAUUCUGCAAUCGGAAGCAGAUUCUAUUAAUCCAUACCAAGAAGAGGUCACCCAAUUAUCAAAGACGGUUCUUCUCUUUUUGGGCGAAUGUUCGAGUACAUCAGCUGAUGCUUUAUCUGCCAAAUUGAAACAACUAUCUGAUAAUUACGAAAGGCUUACCGAUACUUUGAACGAACAGCACAAGAAAUCCAAGAACAAUUUGCUCGAAUUGGACGACCACUUCAGGAAAAUCCAAGUUUCGAAAUCAGCUUUAUCUUCAACUCAAAAUCGCGUCAUCGACUUCUACGUCUUUGAUCAAAACUUCUUACAAACCGAACUCGAUUUGAAUAAACUUCAAACCGAGGUGAAAAGUGAAUUGAAUCAAGUGAAAAACUUAAUCUUCGCUAUCAAAAAUCAUUAUCUUCAAUUGCAACAAUUAGUGCCCAGUGAUCUUUUGCACGAACUUAACACUCUAGAAUUGCUUACUGAAGAAGUUGCUAAUACUAUGGAUGACAAGGAGAAAGAAUUCAAAAAAGCUAGAACCGUUCGGUCGGAUUAUUUGACUCAAGCGAAAGACAUACAAAAUUGGAUCAAAGAAGCCGAGCUUAAAAUUCAAGAUAGAAGCAUUGAACCUUACGCUCUCGAUGAACAUCUUCAACAAAUCCAAUCCGAACUCCUUAACGUUGCCGAUCAAGUGGAAAAAUUAACUAAAAACGGAAAAAUUAUCAUCGAAAAAACCAGAGAUGACGAUGAAAAGAAAUUGACUCAAUCCACCAUCGAUAACUUAGCCGACCAACUAAAAAGAGUUAGAUCAUUGUUGGACGAAAAGAAACAACAAGUUGGAGGGGCUCAGGAUGCUUGGAAACGUUUCCUCGAGCUGUAUAAACUUGUUAUGGUUUGGGUAAAAGAAAAGAAAAAGUUUAUUCAAGAACCAUUUGUCAUUACAACUUUAGCGGAAACGAAACAAAAGUUGCAUGAUUACGGAAAUGCCGUAAAAGGAUGUAAAACUGCUACCAAAAAUCUAAGUGAUAUGGCUAAAGAAUUAGACCAUAUUGCAAGUGUCACCAGCGUUGGGGAUCUUCCACAAAAAAUGGAAGAAGCUGAAGAAGCCAAGGUCGAAGUAGAAUCGAAAAUACUUGAGACGAAUGCCCACCUUCAAGAAACAUACGAAGAAUGGGAACAAUGCGAGAAGAAAAUGAAAGAUGUUAGAUCAUGGAUUGAUAAAACAAAGUCGACAUUAGAAUCUCCACAAAACAAGAAGAAACCAUUGCGAGAUCAACACGCCUUAAGAGAAAAACUUGUCGGUGAUUGUCAAAUUCAGAAGACGAAAAUAUCUUUAUCUGUGGAGAAGUUACAGAUUCAUUUCCGAUCCGGAAUUGGUGGAGACGCCAAAAUUGCUCAUGCCGCUCAAGAAUUAUUGGACGAACUCGACCAAUUGAAUGUUGUCAUCAAAGACCAAAGCAAACAACUAGAAGUCUCAAUUGCUCAAGUUGAUCGUUACCAAGUGGAAGUUCAACAAUUGCGGCAUCAAAUCAUCCAGUUGGAGCAGCAGUUAAGAAUCGUAUUGAACCCAACUCAGCUUGUUCAAGAUUCUGAGCAGAUGCUGCGUGAGCAACAGAAUCUGGUCGUGAAGAAAGAGGCCUACAGGCGAAGGAUUACAACCCUUUUGGACGCUGUCCACCAACUCGAUCCGUAUUACGAUGGUAAAGGACUGACUUAUGCUGAGAUUGUUGCUGGACAACAACGCGAUCUUGCUUCUAAAGAAUUAAAAACAGAAGAAGUCAAGGAAGAAAUGGUUGCGUUACAAGGUAAGAAAGAAGAAGUCCGCCAAAAGAAAGAUGUGGACAUUCCUACAAAAGAAGAACAUCUUAGUGAAGAGCCAGAAGCACAACGAGAAGUUGAAGAAAUUUCAACCGUACCCGAGGUUGUAACUAAAACCGAAUUUGUGAAGCCAUCAUAUGAAAGAAAAGAGAAAGUACGACCUCCAAGGAAAGCUAGAUCUCCGUACAGGCGCGAUGAAAAGAAAAAAGUUGUACAACAACCUCAACCAAAAGAUAACACCCAAAAAGAUAAUAAAAUUAAGUUGGAUGUUGAAAAGCAUGAUAAAAAACGAUCUAAAUCUCCUAUUUGGGAACCCGGCUCAACAUCUUAUGCUAAAGUACUUAAAGGUUUAGCAGGAGAUGGCCAAGAACAUGCUAUGGUAUCAAAGUACCAAGAGGAGCAAGUUGAUGUUCAAGCGGAAAUCCAAACGGAAACUUAUCAAAGUGAAUCUCGUGAUACCCAAGUCCUUCCACAACAACCGCAACCAACAAUUCAACAACAACCCCAACCAACAAUUCAACAACAAGCGCAAACAAUUCAACAACAAUCGCAAUCAGUUCAACAACAACCAACAAUUGAACAACAAGCACAAAUUUCGCAAGAACAACUUCCACAACCUCCAAGUGAAGUGUUUGUCCAAAAUCCAUCAUGGAUUGAAACUAGGGUUGAUUACCAACAUAAUCAAACUUAUGAGUAUCCAAUGCAAAUAAAUGUUCAAACAACUACUUAUUAUCAACCGCAACCUAUUCAAGCCGUCCCCCAAACUGUAACUUACGGUUUUAUUCAGCCUGAUCUUGUUGGCUUUAUUGCUUCUGGCCAACAAUUAAUGAGCUCUGGUUUGGGUACUUAUCAUGACCCGAGUAAUCAAUAUUAUUCUCAACAUUACUACACUGAAGUUGAACAACAAUCGCAUCAAGAAGAAGAACAAGUAACAACUUAUACUCAGCAAGGUCAAUAUCAACAAAGUGACGUAUUAGAAACUUACCAUCAACCUGUAGAUAAAAAAAUAACAGAACAAGUAAAGGAAAGCGUUUCUGAAAUAAAACCGGUGAUUGAAGAAUUACCGUCAGCCACUAAGGUUGUUGAAGAUGAGCCCAAAAUUGAAGUGACAAAACACUCAAAUGGAACAUUUUCGUACGCGCAGAUUUUAUCUCAGGGAUUGUCUACCGAUAAUCUCCAGCCAUCCAGUACUCAAAAAACCGUUAAACAACGAUCUGUGUCUCCCAAGGCCGAGCCUCAGAAACAUAGCUCAAAGCCUAUGUUUAAAGAAGACACGGCUAAAAUACGGGAACACCCGAAACCGUUUAAAGUAGACAAGAGAUUAACCACGAAAACGAAGAAACGAUAUGGAUACAUUGAAGUCGACGAUGAUGAACAAUUUCAAACGCCAUCUGAACCACAUGGAGAGGCUGUUUUUAAAGAAACAGUUGGUUCUAAUGUCCAAGAAAUUGUUCUCGAAUCAAUUACUCAAACAAUUGAGGAACCCAUCAUUCAAUCGAUUGAAGAACCCAUUAUUGAAUCAACUAAUCAAACAAUCGACGAACCUAUUACUCAGACAAAGGAAGAAAAUGUAGUAAUUACUGAUACGGACAAGAUAGCUAAAAAGAAAAACAAAACAGGUAAGAAGAAGAAACCUAAAGUAGUAAGUCCAAUUGAUGAAGUUGAUAAAGCUUUGAAAGAAAUUCAAGAUACACAAAAAGAUAAAGUUGAUGAACCGAAGAAGAAAUCAAAACAAAAAGUAAAAGAACAACAUCAAACAGAAAACCAAGAAAAUGUAGCAACGUUAAAAACUGUAAAUGUUUCAACAGAAGAAUUAUCAGAGGUAAAAGUGCCGAAAAGGAAGAAGAAGAAGAAGUCUAAAUCUGAAUCAGAAAGUCCAAAACAAUCUGAGUCAUCACAAGAAUCCAAAAUUGAUGAAAGUGCUACUAAAAUGAGUGUUGAAAACGUAAAAGAAAUUAUUACGAUUGAACAACAAAUAACUGGAGAAACACAGACAUUAACUUUAGAGGAAGGAAAAGUUGAGAAUAAGAAACGAAAAAAUAAAAAGAAAGUUAUCCCGGUUGAUGUAGCACAAACUGACAAUUUAGAAGUUAAAGCUGAAGAAGUUCCAGUUGCACCAAAGCGGAAAAAUAAAAAGAAACAGAAAGGUGAGAAACCCACAGAAGAAUUGAAACCAUCAACAAUCGAGAAAGAUGGAGAAGAACAAAAAUUAGAAACAGAAAUUGAACAACAACCUAAAAAACCCAAAAAAUCUAAUAAAAGUAAAUCACAAACAAAAGCUGUUACAACUACAGAAAUAAAUACUGAAGAUAUUGUGAAAGAGGAACCAAAACAAAUCUUAAAAGAAGUAACUGAAGAUCAAAAUGUUAAAGCAGAAGAAAAUGUUCCUCAAAUUGGAAAAACAAAGAAAAAGAAAGGAAAGACUUCUGAUUUGAUUGAUUCUAAAGAAAUUCAGUUUGAAUCUGGAAUUGAUGAAAAUAAGGUAAAAGAUCAAAAUCAAAAGAAAAAGAAGAAAGAUAAAACUCAUGAUGUAACUCCUAAAAAUGUUCCGGAAGAUGUUCCAGAAACUUCUGAUUCAAAAGUAAUAAUAUCUGAGAAAGUAGUACAACUAACUCAUGAAAUAAUUGCUGAGUCACAAACAAUUACUGAAGAAAAUACAGCUGAAAUAGAUAAAGAUAUAAACAAGGAAGACGUUUUAAUAGGUGAAAACGUGAUUAACAAAGAUGAAAUUAAUGUUACACAAGAAUUCUUAGAAUUUGAAACUAAUCAAAGAAUGAAUGAAGAAAUUAUGGAAAAUGUUUCUCAGAUCGUUCAAAAAGAUGAAAAUAUAAAACCAAUUUCUAAAAUUGAAGGAAUCGAAACACCUCAAAUUGUUAGUAUAGAACAUAUAGAGACGAACGUUUCAAUUAUGGAACGAGAAGUUUGCGAUAUUGAUAAAGAUAAUAAUGAUGAUAAAGAUACUAAAGAUGAAAAUGUUGUUCCAGUUACAGAAAUCGUAGAAAAAUCUGUUGAAACAACUCAAAUUGAAAACAUUGAUGAUAAAUUAGGAGAUAAUGAAAAUGUUUUAUUAAGUUUAGAUAAAGAGAUAUUAAAUAUUAAAGAUGAUAUAGUCACAGCAACUGUGGAAAUGAUCCAAGCGGAAGCAGUUUGUGAAAAAACUGAACUACAAGAUACAGUAACUGAAAUAACUGAUAUUAAGAAAAUAAGUGAAAUGGUUGAACAUGGUACACCCAUUAAAAUUCCUCAAGAAAUACAUGACGAUACACAAAAAGAGGUGUUGUUUGAGACAUUGAUUUCUCAAGAAGAUGUCUCUAAAAAGCCAGCUAUUGAAACACAACAGAAAUCUAAUCAAAAUAAACCGAAACCUCAAUCAGAACAAAAACAGAAGAAACCUAAAAAACCUAAACAGAAGGCGGAUGAAUCGCGUGUUAUCUCUAUCCCAUCAUCAAUCGAUAUUGCUGAAGAUAUUUGUAGCACAAUUAGAAUGGCUCAAAGUCAGCCAGAUUACACAAUUUGUACUUACCAACAACAGGAAUCAGUAAGUGAUAACCCUUAUAAUGUUACUUCAAUCAGCGAGAGUACCACGACAGAAUCAAAUGUUACAAUUUCUGAAGUUAAAACCGUGGAACAAACUCAAAGUCAUCAAGAAGAAACUACGACAAUAAUUAAAACUUCCACCGUUGAAGAUAACAAAGAAAACAUUCAACCUGAAGUAAUUCAACAAGAAUCGGUCGAUAAACCGGAUAAAAUGAACAAAGUAAUUCUUAUUACUCACGAAGAAGUGGUAUUACCAACCGUUAGGACGUUAAAAAUGGAAUUUGUUGAACAUGAAGAUGAUAUGGCUCAACAAAUAACAGAAGAAUAUUCUCCUGAAUCUUUUGAUGUUUCUGUAACUGAGGGAUUGGGUAAAAACGUAGAGGAAAAAGUUUUACAUAAAGAAGAUCAAGUAAAAAUGAUUGAAAAGGAAAGUGUGAAUGAACCAAUAAAAUCAACGCUUGUUGAAAAUAAAUCUGUAGUAGUCAUACCGGAAACUGAAAAGAAAGUUGAAAUUGUUACACAAGAAUGCUCAUCUGUUAAAUCUCUUGUGGAUUUAACCAAACAAUUUAUCCAAGAAGAAAAAUUACAAAUUGAAGAUCUUGUGGAAAUAUCGCCAUUAGAAAAUGUCGAAGAAAUAAUGAAACCUGUAGUAGAGGAAAAAGAAGAUGUUAUUUUGGAGACUCAUCGAGAAAAUGAAAAAAGUAUCGAAGUUUUGGAGAUGGAAAAAAAUAUUCUUGAGGAAAACUUAGCCACACAGGAGAUGAGAAUUAUUUCUCUUACGACAGAGAUUCAGUCCAAAACAUUAGAAGAACAAAUCAUUCCUGAUCUUAAACAACAAAUUCAACAAGAAGACAUUCAAAAUAUUCCACAAGAAUGUCUUCAAAAAGAAGAACGCGAAGAUGACUUAAACAAACUGGAAGUGAUUAAAAUAGAAGAAAACGCCCCACAAGGUGAGGUGCAAAAUGUUACACAAAAGUUUCUUCAAAAAGAAAAGGAUGAAAAAAUCUUAGUUACCGAAGAGACGAAAAAGAUACAAAUUCAAUCAGAAAUAGUGCAAGGACAGAUCAUAUCUGAUGUUAAAGUACAUAUUGAAGAAGAGGUACAAAAUAUUGUACAAGAAUAUCCUCAAAAAGAACAAAGUGAGGAUGAAAUCAAAGAAAUCACCCCAUCAUCGGAGACUCAAUCGGAAACGUUGCAAGAAGAAAUCAGAGAGGAAAAGUUUCUGCCAAAAGAACAGCACAAAAGUUUUGAAUCUGAAAUAACUAAAGAAAUCGCUGAAAAAGAGAGCGAUGUUGUAACGGAAACAAUUAUUGAAUCAUCACAAACUAUACAAGAUUUCACUGUUAAUAAAAACUUAGAAUUAAAUAUAACUGACAAUCAACAAAUCAUAGAUGUUAAGGAAUCAAUUAUUAGCACACAAGAAAUUUUAACACCUUCAGGAGAAACGAAAGCUUUAGAUGACGAAGACAUUGAAGUCGAACAAGCUAUCUUUGGGUCUAUAAAAGAUCGAUCAAGAGGAAGAUCGGUUAAAGAAGAAACAAAUCUUCUCAUAGUUUACGAAUCAAGUCAAGAAUUGGAAGAUGAGACAAAAAUAGAGCAAAAAGUAGAAAUGGUGGAAGAAAAAAAUGUGGAAGAUGCCAAUAUUUUGGUAUCUACGGAAACAGCUCCCCCUGAUGUUGGCAGUUCGCAAAAUGUCAUCGACGACAUUAGCGAUGCACAAGCACCAUUAAGGCUUAAUUCAGUUGUAGAUGUGGAAAUUCACAAUAUAGAUGAAGUCAUGCACAUUUUAGCGAGUAAACAAGUGUCCGAUAAAGGAAGGGAAACCGAAGUGACAUCACCGACGCCAUCUUCGGGUUCCGGUGGCGGAAAGCGACGACGCCGAAAAAACAAGCAUAAAAAGAAAAGCGGCACUGCAAAAUCACCUGUAGAAAUACCAGAGAGUAAGGAUGAUAACAUUGAACUAGAUGAUGAUCAAGAUCAAAGUGAAACAGAAAAAAAUGUCGAUGAUCCUAAUGAAAUAACAUCACAAAAGAAUGAAUCGAGUUUAAAAUCUGAAGUAAAAUUAGAAGGGGAAUCAAACAUAGAAACGGAAACAAAAUUACAACUGGAAACAAAAUUGGAACCGGAAAUAAAAUUAGAAUCAGAAACAAAAUUAGAAACAGAAUCAGAAUUAAAUGUUGAAUUGGAAUCAAAACCUAAACAAGAAGCUGAACCGAAAUCUGAACCUGAAACUUCUCCAUUACAAGGAAAAUCAAAAAAGAAUAAAAAGAAAAAUAAGAAAAAUAAAUAUGAAAAGGAAGAAAUUUCAUCUGAAGUAUCUCUAACAUCAGAAAAAGAAAUUGAACUAAAAGAUGAAGAAAUACUAAAAACCGAUCAUGAAAAUGAGGCACAAAUCAUACACAAAGAAAUAGAAAUAGAAUCAGAUUCUGUUGACGUCCAAAUCGUAGAAAAAUCUGAUGAUACUCCAAUCAUAGAAGAAUGCGUUAAUGUUGAAAACAUACAAGAAUCAGCAAAUAUUACGAAAUCAGAACAUGAAUUACUUUCAGCAGUUUCAACAACUCACCCGAUUAUAAGGGAAAUAUCGUUAGAAGUUGAUGUUAAAGCGAAAUCAUUAAUUGGUUGGGCUUCGGAAAUACAACCAUACAAUAUCUUGAGAAUGUUAGAACAAGAAAAUGGUUGGUAUGAAUUCAAAACAUUAACGGAAGACACAAGUAUUAAUAAAACAACAACCGAGAUAAAACCAGAUGAUUCAAUCCAACCAGAAGAGGCCAAAAAAGUAGUUAUGAAAGAAUUGGUUCUAAAACCAGAGAUACCAAAUCAAGUAUUCAAAGACAAUGAAAAAGGCGGUCUUAAAUCUCCAGAAACACCAUUUAUGUACGAUGUCUUACAAUUUAAUAUUAAUCAUAAUCAAAACAUGACGCAAUUUUUGGAAAAUGAAAUAGAUAGUUUUGCUAAAGAGUCAAAAGAAGAUGUUAGUAUAAAAGCAGAAGAACCCAAACAAGAAGUUGUAGAACAAGAAGUCGAUAUUGUAAAAGAAGAUAUAAAUAGAUCAAAAAUAGAAGAGGUAAAACCAGAUGUUUCAUAUUUAGAACAAGAAAUACCAAAAUAUAAUUUGAAAGAAUUCGAGAAAUCAGAAUGUGAUUAUCAAAGAAUUUUGGAAAAGAAUCGAUGUGCAGAAACAACAACACGAAAAGAAAUAACUACGUCUAUAAAAGAAGAUAUUAAAUCAGAAGAUAAAAAAGUUAUUGAAGAUCUGGAAACAGAAUUAAUUAAGGAGGAAUUACAACCAUCAUCUAUGGAAAGAGAAACCACAAUAAUUAAAGAAAAAGAUAAUCAAGAUGAAAUUCUGCAACACAUUAAACGUGAUGUAACGGUAUAUAAUAUGAGUGAAAUGUUAGAAGCGGAAAUGGUUUGGUAUGAAGUCCAACAGAAAAAGCUUGAUGAUGAAUCUUGUAGAAUCGAGAAACACAAUCAUGAAAAAAUGUUAGAAAAGGUAACUGAAAUGGAUACGAGUGAAGAUAGUAAUAAAGAUAUAGAACAUGACAAACCGUCAAUGUCAAUUAAUCUUGAAUUAAAUCAAUCAGAAUUGGCACAAAAAACAAUAAUGUACGAAACUGCUAUUUAUAAUAUGAAUGAAUUUUCUCAUGCCGAAACUCAAUGGCAAGAAAAUUUGGAAAAGAUAAGAAGUGAUCUUAAAAAACAAACUAUCACACCGGAAACGAUCCAGAAAGAUAACGCAUCAGGAGAUAUUGCGGAAUACGUUGAAGCAGAUUCAUUAAUAAUAGAAGAUGAGUCUGUGGAAAUGUCUCAAGAUAUUAAAAACGUCGUAGACAAAUCUCUGGAAGUCCAAGAUUCUAUAACUUCUGAUUCGGGUGUUACAUCGAUUGAUGUUAGUAAAUUAGAAACUGAAGGUUUACCAUCUUUGGAAGACGACGCAAACGCAGGUGAUUCAGCUUCAAAGCAACCGUCUGAAUUUGAAAAAAUCUUAAAAACUGCAACUGAAUUUGUACCCAAGAAAGGAUUCAAACUCAACCCCAAUGCUGAAGUUUUUAUACCCGAUGCAAGCCAAUUCUCCCCGACUUCUAAAUUCAACAAAAUGUAUUUUAAUAAACCGGAAGCUUACCAACAAUUUAAACAACCAUUUACGGGAGCACCUUAUGACUCAGAAUUUGAUGAAUCAUCUGAUCAUCAUUCUUCAUUAUGGGUAACCGAUUCAGCUAAAAUUGAAAAUAUUCUAGAAGAAGAAGAGCCACUAUCGAAAGAGGAAGAUCUGAAAGUAAUUGUUUCGCAAGUCGAUGAGACAAAGCCUCAAACUAAUAUAGCAACUGAAAUAGCCGAGAGUGUUAUUGAAACUAAAGAUGAUGAAGUAUCAGAAAUUAACAAGGAUGAGUUACAUCCAGAUGAAGGUGGCGAUGUAAAGAAAUCCAAGCGAUCAAGAAGGAAAAAAUCUAAAUCUCCUAUGGUGGAAAGGCAAGUGAUUGAGAAGGUCCACGAUGAAAUUGUACCUUCCCCACAACCAAACGUGUGGGUUGCCAUGAAAAAUGAUGGUAAAACAUACGCUGAAGUUGUAGCGAAUACUACUGGAAGAGAACCCGAAAGAGAGUCAUCAAUAUCAAAAGAAGAGCGAAAGGAAAGUGUAGAUCUUCAAGAAAAAUCGACUAUUGAAGUUUAUGAAGAAACCCCAACAGAUAUUACCGAGAAAUCAUUUACUGACGAAGAUCAAACUUUGUCAGAUAGCACGCAAUUAAUAACUAUACCACGAAAAUCUAGAUCACGUUCAAGAUCAAACCAAAACAAACCUGCUUUGACCGAUGACGAAAAACUAACAGACACAAACCUAACAUUAACCGAGACAGAAAUAACAUUGACCACCGAUCAACCUAAAUCAGACUUAGAAAACGAAGAAUUCAUAACAAAAUCGGAAAUUUCGGAAAGUUCCGAAUCUUCACCAACUCAUACGACUUACGCAGAAAUUGCAAGAAAACACCAUCAUGCGAAAGUAUCCGAAAUUAGCGUUACCCAAGAAAUUAAAGAUACGCAGUUGUCCCAGCCACAUUUACAACAAAUUGUUGUUGAGACAUCAGAAGAACCAAAAACUGAAACUGCACAAAAGGAUAGUGAGGGAUUUUUAUGUGUAAUAUCUCGAAAAGAUCGAAGGAGUCGAUCUAGAUCGAAAACCGAUGAUGAUGUAUCAGACAGUAAUAGAGAAGAAGAUCAUUCAGCAUGUGAAGGAGUCGAAAAGAAACGGAAAAAGUCUAAGAAAAGCAAAUCAAAACAUAAACCAAGUGAAUCAAGCAAUAUCAAAAGUGAGAAUAUUGAAAGUGAAAUGUUAAUAGUACCUAAAGAAGAAUGUGAAAUCGAGAAGAAAAAGAACAAACAUAAAUCAAAACGUGGGGAAUCUAACAUUGAUGAUAAAGAAAAGGAAGAAGUCGUCUCAACAAUUGCCGAAGAAAUCGUUGAAAAAGAUAAUGUCAAAAUUGAAGUAAAAGAUGAUGAUACAGUUGAUUCAGAAAUUACUACAAUUUUGACAGAAAAUGAAGAUGAAAUAAGCUCCGCAAUUGAAUCAAUUAAAGAUGAAAAAACUGUAAUUGAUGUGGAAAUAAAAACAGAAAUAGUUGAAACAGCAAUGUCAGAAGAAAAAAGAGAACAAGAAGACGUACCAACAUAUUCUGAAGAAAUUAAAGUUGAAGAAAUUGCAACAGAUCCAACAGAAGUUGUCGAUGAAAAAUUGCAACAAUUAGAAACGGUUACGACUCAAAUAACUUCCGAUGAUGAUAAAUCUAGUGAAGUAAAAUCUGAUAAACAAAAACAUCGCAAAAAAGAUAAGAAGCGAAAGAGAGAUGAGAAACAAGAUGAUGCGAAAAUUAUGACACCAGAAACGAUAGAAAUGAAAAUUAAAGAUUCAGAUUCUAAAUCCCCGUAUGAGGAAGUGUCAGAAAUGAAAGUUGUUGAUGUACACGAAAACAUAAAAGAUAAGAAAGAAGAAAUUAAUGUUCAACAUACUCUGUUCAUCAAAGACCAGAACGUUUGUGAAGAAAAAGCAGUUUCAGAUCUAAAACUUGAAGGUGAACAUGUUAUAAAUGUUGAAGAACCUGCAGAUGCUAAAUGUGAAGAGAAAGGAGAUCAGAAAACUGAUGGCAAUGAAGAAAAGAUUAAUAUUAAAUCUGAAGAUGAAGUGAUAAUUUCAGCAGAAGAAAAUAAAAUAUCAGACUUAAAACCUGAAGCUAUUGAAAGUAAACAUUAUGAUGAACAUAUAGAUGUUAAAGAAGUUGCUAAAAUACAAGAACAAGAAGUGUUGGAAAUCAAACCUGUUGAAGAAUCAAUUGAGUCUCCGAAGAAAAAGAAAUCAAAGUCAAAAAGAGAUAAAAGCAAACAGAAAGAUGACGAAAAAGUUUCUAGUGUCGAAGAGGUAGUUAAUGUUAAAAUUGAAGAUGUAGUAAAUAUUACAACGGAGCAAGUAAUUUCAGAAUUAAAACCUGAAGUUGAAGUAGUAAUAGAUGAUGUAGAAGAUGUAAAUGUUAAAUUGCAAGAAAAAGAUAUGUUGGAAAUCAAACCUGUUGAGGAAUUAAUUGAGUCCCCGAAAAAGAAGAAAUCGAAAUCAAAAAGAGAUAAAAGCAAACAAAAAGGCGAUGAGAAAGUUUCUGAUGUUGAAGAAAUUGUUGAUGUUAAAACAGGAGAUGAAGUAAAAGUUAUAACAGAAUUAAAACCAGAAAUUGAAGAAGCCAAAGAUGGUGUAGAUGCUAAGUUACAAGAAAAAGAAGUGUUGGAAAUCAAACCUGCUGAGGAAUCAAUUGACUCUCCGAAGAAAAAGAAAUCGAAAUCAAAAAGAGAUAAAAGCAAACAGAAAGAUGAUGAGAAAGUUUCUGGUGUUGAAGAGAUAGUUGAUGUUAAAACAGUAACGGAAGUAAAAGUUACAACAGAACAAGUUAUUUCAGAAUUAAAACCUGAAGUUGAAGUGGCCAAGGAUGUAGAAUGUGUUGAUGCUGAAUUACAAGAAAUGAUGGAAGUUAAACCUGUUGAAGAAUCGAUUGAGUCUCCAAAGAAGAAAGCGAAGUCAAAAAGAGAUAAAAGCAAACAAAAACAUGAUGAGGAAGUUUCUGGCGUUGAAGAGAUAGUUGAUGUUAAUAUAGGACAGGAAGUAAAAGUUACAACAGAGCAAGUUAUUUCAGAAUUAAAACCUGAAGUUGAAGUGACCAAAGGUGAAGAAUAUGUUGAUGAUAAAUUACAAGAAAAAGAAGUGUUGGAAAUUAAACCUAUUGAGGAGUCGAUUGAGUCUCCGAAAACUAAAAAAUCGAAGUCAAAAAGAGAUAAAAGUAAACAGAAAGAAAAUCAGAAAGUUUCUAGUGCUGAAGAAAUUGUUGAUGUUAAAAUAGAAGAUGAAGUAAAAGUUAUGACUGAGCAAGUUAUUUCAGAAUUAAAACCUGAAGUUAAAGUAGUUAAAGAUGAUGUAGAAGCUAUAGAUGCUAAGUUGCAAGAAAAAGAAGUGUUGGAAAUCAAACCAGUUGAGGAAUCAAUUGAGUCUCCGAAGAAAAAGAAGUCAAAGUCAAAACGAGAUAAAAGCAAACAGAAAGAUGAUGAGAAAGGUUCUGGUGUUGAAGAGGAAGUAAAAAUUGGAACAGAACAAGUCAUUUCAGUAUUAAAACCAGAAGUUGAAGAGGUUAAAGAUGAUGUAGAUGCUAAGUUACAAGAAAGAGAAGUGUUGGAAAUCAAACCAGUUGAGGAAUCAAUUGAGUCUCCGAAGAAGAAGAAAUCGAAGUCAAAAAGAGAUAAAAGUAAACAGAAAGAUGAGGAGAAAGUUUCUGGUAUUGAAGAGGCGGUUGAUGUUAAAACAGAAGAUGACGUAAAAGUUGUGAUAGAACAAGUUAUUUCAGAAUUAAAACCUGAAGUUGAAGUGGCCAAAGAUCUUGCAGAAGGUAUUAAUGCGGAAUUACAAGAAAAAGAAGUGUUAGAAAUUACACCAGUUGAGGAAUCAAUUGAGUCUCCGAAGAAGAAAAAAUCGAAGUCAAAAAGAGAUAAAAGCAAGCAGAAAGGUGAUGAGAAAGUCUCCGGUGUUGAAGAGAUAGUUGAUACUAAAACUGAAGAUGAAGUAAAAGUUGUAACAGAACAAGUUAUUUCAGAAUUAAAACCUGAAGUUGAAAUAGACAAAAUUGUUGAAGUAUCUGCAGAUGCUAAAACACAAGAAACAGAAUUAUUAUUAAUCAAACCUAUUGAAGAAUCAAUUGAGAGUCCAAAGAAAACGAAAGCGAAGACAAAACGAGACAAAAGCAAACAAAAAGAUGAUCAGAAAGGUUGUAGCAUUGACGAAAAAGUUGAUGUUAAAUCAGAAGAUGGAGUUAAAGUUCUGGGAUCAGAAAAAACAGUUUUAGAUAUAGAACCUGAAGUUGAAGUAACAAAGGAUGAUGAUGUUAGAGUAAUGUCAGAGAUCAAACUUGUUGAACCUACUGAGAUUACAACAAAUGUUGAAGAAUCAAAAGACUCUUCGAAAAAGAAAAAAGCGAAAUCAAAAAGAGAUAAAAGCAAACAAAAAGAUGAUCAGAAACAAAAUGUUGAUAAAUCGAUUGAGAAAUCUGUUGAAUCUCCCGUUGUACAAGAAAUAACCUCGCCUAAUAAAACUUGGGCUAGUAUUGUUGGAUCAAAAUCUACCGAACCUUCAAUAAAACCUGAAGAUGUAGUAAUAGUACAAAAAGAAGCAGAGAUUCCGUUAGAUCAAGGUAAUCAACUAACAGAAAAUGUCUUUGAAGAAGUACCAUUAAAACCAGAAUCAUCAGAGGGAGAAGUCGAAAACGUCGAAGCAUCUAAUUUGGUAACCGAUAAAAAGAAAUCCAAGAAAGAUAAAAAAUCUUCAGAUAAACCAAGGGGAAUUUCUAAUAUAAUAUCAUCUGUUAAAAACGCAUUGAGUUCAAAACAAAGUCCCGACGAAGGAACAUCAUCCGAUGAACAUAAAAAGAAGAAAAAAGAUAAAUCAAAACAGAAAGAAGACACAAAACCAAUUGAAUGUAAAGAAGAAGAAAUGGUUUCAACAACGAUGAUUGAAAUAAUAAAAUCUGAAAAUUUACAGAAAGGUGAUAUAAAACCUGAUCAAAAAAUUGUUAAUUUAGUUGAAAUAACAUCCUUUAUACAAGCGGAACAAUUGGAUGCUUUACCUGAAUUGAAACCUAAAUCUCCUAAAGAAAAUAAAGAAGGUUUCUUUGGUGGAUUUAUCUCAAGAAUUAGGAACGAUGAUAAAAAGAAAUUGAAAAAAGAAAAACUUGAAGCUGGCGAUUCUUUAAAACCGGUUUUAUCAGAACCAAGCUCUGAAUGUCCCACUGUAUCUGUUUCCACUAUAGAAACGGCCGCUGUUGUCGAGAGCAAAAAGAACAAGAAGAAAAAAUCGAGGCUAACUUCAGAAUCUGAACAAUCAGAUGUUGAAGAACAUAGAAAAUCAGGAGUUUUAGGUUCCAUUGUUUCGAAAGUUUCAGAUGUUUUAACUAGCAAAUCUAAAAAGAAAAAGAAGAAAAGUAAAGAUAACGCAAAAGAUGAAGAGCCACAAAAUAUAAAUAAAGAAACUCCAGCUGAAAAAGUAAGUGAAGAUGUUGCGUCACCUAAACAAGAUGUACAAAUUAUAUAUUCCACAACUGGAGAAGAAGUUAAAGCCACAGUUAGUGUAUCAAAUCAAGAAGCCGUUUCUGAAGAAUUAUCUGUUAAGGUAGAAGAAGAAAUUAUAGAUGCAAUGAAAGAUUUACAAGACGAUAUCCCUGCUGAAAAACAAGAACUUGAUGAUUUUGUAAUUGUCGAAAAUGUUCUCGACGAAAUCGUUACCGAAAACGUUGUAAACAAUCUUCGCGAAAACUUAGCUUUAGAUGGUCCAUUCUGGUUAACAAGACCCCGAUACGAAGAAGCUGAAGAACUCUGGACAAUUUAUAUACAAAGCACCUAUGAGACUCCAAUAAUCAUAGAAGAACUAAAAAAGAAAGAUGACACACCAGACAACGACAGAGAUGGUGAUUCAGGUCAUUCAAGUGGACCCGAUUCACCAUCAAGCGAAAAGAAAAAUUUCGGUAGUGAUCACUUUAACACUUCAUACGCCAGCGCAGACUUACCAGGAGGAAUUUGUAGAUGGAACGAUCAAAGUACUUAUUUGUCUUCAGAAGAAGUCGUUAACAAUGUUAUCAACAACGAUGUGGUCGAUAAUGUGACAUUAGACUAUAACACUGACACAAAACUUUUAACCGAACUCGUAAACCUUAAUUUAAGUAUACCCCAACAAUACAUCACUUCCAAUCUACACCAUCAACAGUCCAUAGGGCCUAAAAUGCAGCAAUCAACGAGUGUAGGUGUCGUUGGAAGUGAAGGAUUGGACAACAUCGAUAACAACCAAAUAACGAAGGCUCUUAAAGAAGAAGUACAUCAAAUGAAAGAAAAAAUUCAAGGAGUCGAACAAAAUAUUGCAAGAAUUCCAAUUACUGGGUACAAAGAAGUUUUGUCAGCACUGGAGGGUAUUAAAAGUGAUUUGAGAAGAUAUGCCACCGAUGCCAUUCGAUUGGAGCAGAUAGUCAUGGACCUGCCAUCGGAUGCAGAUAGUCAAAAUUUGGCUCUCCAUUUAGCGGGGAUUCGAACAAGAAUUGCAACGCUUUUAUCAAAAGCCGAAAAUGGAACGGUUGCUGUUUCGAGCGCACAAGCGCUGCAAGAAGAACGCCAACGGGAAUUACUUCAAUAUCAAGUAUUUCUUACCGACAUCGAAUUAUGGCUAAAAUCUAUGCAAGAUACUCUAGCCCAAAAAAUUAACUUCAAAACAGAAGAAGAAGUGGAAAAAGACAUUAAUUUACACGAAAAUUUAAGUUCCGAAUUACAGCAGAAGAAGUCGGAAUUGCUUAAAUUAACCCAGUUAUGUGAGGAUUUUAAGAAAUAUCCUGAUUUAGAAACGUUCGCAACGUCUUUAGUAGAACAACUAGGUCAUUUGAGAAUUGUCUUUGAAGGACACGAAGAAAAUUUAAACAGAAAAAUCAAUCAAUUAAAAGAUGCUUUAAAGAAACUUAAAGAAGACAACCUUAAAGGUAAAAGCAUCCAAACCCAAACUGGUCGCAGCUUAGAUUCACCACAUGGAGAAUUAAUUUUAAAGGAUAUUGAAAUUCAAGCACACACAUCACAAACUACAUCCCAUACAGAUACGCCACUCGCAAAAGAAACCAUCCUCAUCCAUAAAACCACAUCUAAAGAUGGCGAAACUAUUAAGAUAUCAACAAAACCGUUCCUGGAGAAACAACCGAUCGUAGAAGAACCAGAUGAUUUACUUGUAACUGCUGAUUAUUCCAGCCACCAAGCGGAAUCAUCCGGAAAAUUGGAAAUCUCUCACUCAGAUAAUCAACCGUUUGAAACUGUUAUGGUAGAACCAGAUGAAACCACAACGGAAGUAAUCGUUGAUUCUGAUGGAACGAAAAGAAUUAUUGUCAAAAAAUUACAUCGCACGUUAGUUCAACGUCAACAAACCGUCCAAAGGGAACAAAUUACUCACCUAGGAACAAUCACCCAAGGAAAUAUUCCAAUAAGUCAAUCAUUUUCUCAAGUAACACUUCAAGGCCAACAAAGUAGUACAACAGUUCAACAUGGAUCAAAACCAGCUGAGACAAUAUCAUCAGAAUCCCUUAAAGGAAAUAUUAUAUCUUCUACACCUUCCGGUGACGUUCAAAUGCAUUCUUUUGAAUCAGAACCGAAAAUAACUUAUUCCAAAGAGCUUAAACCUGAUGAAGUUGAAGUACAUGGCGUUAAAUUACAUGAAGGUGAUGUUGCGUUCUUAGAAGAUGGCAAAACGUUUGUACCAACUGAAUCUGUUCAUACGAUUGAAGGUGAUGAAAUCCACACAUCUGGUUCAUCGGUUAGAGCUGUGGUCCAACAAGUCACCAGAAGAAUAAUAAGAAAAACGCGCAGGAUUAUUAGAAAAGUAGUUAUUGUUGAUGGUAAAGAACAAGUAACCGAAGAAGUUAUUGAAGAACCUGAGGAAAUUGAAGUUACCGAAGAAGGAAUACCUAGAGUUAGCAUAAGUGUCUCACAAACAGAAAAUGGUGUUGUAAGAGAGCAACAAUUUGGUGAACCAAUUUCUGAAGAACAAUUACAACAAAUGAUGACUGACCAACAAUCUGUUAUAAUCGAAGGGCAACAAUCAUUUAUAACUGAACCGCGUCCAAUUGUUGCAGAAGCUGAAGAUAUUAAUAAACAAGUUAAAGAAAAACCGAAAGAAUCCGACAUAGAAAUAAAAGAAGUUGAAGAAGUCGCCACCGUUGAAGGUCAGCCGGUUGAGAGGUAUGUCGUAGAAACCACAAUGAGCAUGAGCAGCUUUGCACAAGAACCAGUAGAAAAGCAAUUAACUACUGAUGUAGCUGAAAUUAUUUCAGAAAAACCGAGUACCGCGACAACUACUGUUAAAACAACGGAAACUGGCACAUUAUGCACAUUAGAACCAGCACCUAGCUCAGAAAAACUUGUUGACACAAAAUCAGAAACAUUAACUACUCCGGAUGAAGCUUCAGUUUUAACUGCACAAGAGCAGAAACCUAAAAUCUCCGAAUCAGCAAUGUUCAUAGCACAAGAAAUUGUAGGAAAUCUUGCCGAAUCUUGCGUUGAUGAACAUAAAGCAACAAAAACCGAGGAAGUUGGUCGCAAACAUAAAGAAGACAUAAAAACAUUAGAGGAUAAUAUUACCGUAACCUCUGAAUUCUUAAGAGACAUGCUACAAGAUGAAGAGUUCAAACCUUUACAAGCAACCAAACCAGCGCAAUCUAUAACAAGCAUUGAAAUAGGUUUAUCUCUUCAAGAAAGAGUAAAAGAAAUUCCUCAAACUACAACUAUCCCUGAGAGAGUUAACCAAGCAACGUCUCCAUUGCAAUUUGAAACACCAUCUCCUGAGAAACCAGUAAUUGAUGAAAACUUAAUUAUUUCUGAUCACCCUGUUGAAGCUUCUGUAGAAGCACCUGUGCCGGAAGAAUAUGAAAAAGUUGGAGUUUCCGUCGUUGAUGAAGCAUCUUUAGAAGAAGAAAAAGUGGGUAGCUCUACUUCAAUUAAUCUUGAGCAACAAGUAAGUGUAGCCGAGGAAGCAAUAAGCCUUGAUGAAUCAUUACAAGUUGAAGAAAAUAAAGAAGAUAUCCAAGUGGAAGAAAAAUCGAUUGAAGAAAGUGAAGAAAUUAAAACGCAAGAAACUACCGAAAAAGAUGGUAGCAUUAAAUCUCAAAGUGAUGAUCUUCACGAAGAAACUUAUGAAUCACACACACCUGAAGCUUCUCGGGGUGAAAAGUACGAAGAUGUGUCUUCGAAAGUUUCAGGAAACGUGAGUUCAAAAUCUACUGUACAAUCUGAAGUUUCCUCGCCCAUAGUUCCAAAAACUCAAAGCAGUCACGAUUCAACUCCCACCGAUGUUGAUCACGGAGGGCGAAGUAGUAAGAAGAAAAAGAAAAAAGAAAAACAUCUCUCUGUUCAUGAAUCAUCCUCAAUAAAAGACGCUACAAUCGACGAUUCAGUUAUGGCAUCAACUGAUAUCGCACUUCCAGAAGACUCCCAGUCAUCUUCUGACACAACGAAACCUAUGAUUGAAACCUUUGAAGCUGUUACGCUAUCAGAAGGUGACUUAUCAGGCAAAGAAACCGGAUACGAAGCAGAUAAAACUACAGUCGACGAAUCAUUGGCCGAUGAUGACACUGAAAAGAAGAAACGUAGAAAGAAAAAGAAGAAAGUUAAAGUUAAAACAAAAGAGGAAGAAGAGUUUACUCCAAAAUCAGUUUAUACAUCAUCAGCUAUUGGCGAAUCUCCACAAUUUAGCGAUGAGGAGCAACCACCAGUAGUUACUUCUAUAGCGGAAAAAUCCGCAGAAACCAAGAAAAGUAAAAAACGAAAGAAGACGAAGAAAGAUGAGUUGGAAGAAAUUUCUACUGAACCACCAGAAGUUCCAACUGAUGAUAAACCUAUUACAGACUCGGAUUAUGAUCUCAAACAAGAACAUUAUGAAGAAGUCUCAACUGCAUCGGGAACAUAUAUAUCAAUGUCAACUAUUUCGGAACCAGGUACAGUUAAAAUCGUUGAAGAAAAAGUAAUAAUCAGUCCACAAAGCCAAUGUGAAGACGAAGUAGUCAAUAAAAUCGUAACUACAAUUCCUGUUAUUGAAACUGUUAUUACACAAGAAUCGGUUGCGCAAACAUCUCCUGAAGUAUCAGAAAGUCAACAGUUCAUCGAACAAGAAAAAUCUUAUUCAGAAUUAGAAAUACAAACUUCACCCGAGCUCGUUACAGAAACUGUAGAAUAUGGCACUCAAUCCGAAACAGAACUGAAACCAGAAAUAGCAGAGAGAUCAUCUCAAGUGGAUAUUGCCGUAGCUGAGAACAUAACUCAAACUUCAACACCAGAAAAAAUUGAAUUAAUUACCUCAGAAAUGUCAAUACAAACAGUAAUUGCACAAGAAAUGCAAGGAAGUACACAAACCAGCACACCAGAGGAUUUACAUAGAGCCGAUUCGGCCAUGCAAACCUUCACCACUACUGAAGAACAAUUUGCCCAAACCAUUUCACCUGAAGUCGUUGAAGUACAAAAAGUUGAAGUUUACUCCCAAGCUUAUCCUUAUGAUAUUCAAUCUCCUCGAGAAGAAUCCAUUCAAACAACUCCUAUUCCUGAUGUUACUGAUAUUACAACUCAAACUUCUUUACCUUACUUUACUCCUGAAGCUGUAGUAACAGUGAAAGAAGCGGUUUCAGAAAUCGCAAAAGAAAUAAAAGAAGAGGUUGUACCCAUUGGUGAUCAAGUUACUUUAGAAGCAGAACCUAAAGAAAAAGAUGAAGGUGAAAAACCUAUUGAGGCGCAAAAACCAGUUGAUGAAGAAAUCAAAGAAGAAAAGUUAAUUGAAAAAGAUCUUGAUGUUGUAAAAGAGGAUGUGAUUAAAAUUGAAGAAUCACAAAUCGAAGAUGUUCCUAAACCGGAAAUUGUAAAAGAUAUGAAAAAAAUAAUCGAAGAAACAAUUAAAAUCGAAGAAAAACUAAGUGAAGAGAAAAAAGAAAUUGUAAGAGAACCGGAAAUCGAGGAAAUUGAAAUUAAGGAACCAUUUGUUAUAAAAGAAAGUCCACCGAAAUCUUUAUCUCCUGUUAUUGUAACCCCAGAAAAAGAUUUGAAAGAUAUUACUCAACAAUUAAUUGAAAUGGAAAAGGUAACAUCGCCAAUUCCGAUUGAUGUUGGACAGGAAGAGGUGACAUCACCUGUUUCAAUUGACCAAGAGGACAAAGUUCCUUCGCCAAUUCCAGUUGAAGCUGUAGAGGAAAAAGUAACUCCACCAAUUUCAAUAGAAGCCAUAGAAGAAAAAGUAACCUCACCUAUUUUACUUGAAACAGUGGAGGAAAAGGUUAUUUCACCUGUUCCAAUUGAAAUCGUAGAAGAAAAGGUAACUUCACCUAUUUCAGCAGAAGUCGUACAGGAAAAGGUGACUCCUCCUGUUCCUAUUGAAAUACAAAAGCAAGAAACACCAAAACAAAAACUUGAAGAACCCGAACUAAAAAUAGGCGGUGUUAUUGAUAAAGUGGAAGAAAUUACACCAAUUCAUCCACAAGUUUCUACAGAACCUGUUGAAAAACAUGAAUUUGUUGAAACCUCAUCUCAAACAAAAUCUGUUGUUAUAAAAGACACGCCUAUAACAAGUCCGGAUGAACAAGAGUAUGAAAUGAAAAUUAAGACUACAAUAAUAGUAGACGACCGCUCAUCUUCAGAUUUAUCUGAAGAACAUCACAUCCAAGUUCAAAUAAAAGAAGGUAGAGAAGGAUCAGGUACAAGCGAUUCAGAAAAUGUUAAAGUUACAAUAGAUGGAGUUCCUAUUGAUGACGCCGAUAAAAAACCGAAGAAAAAGCCAAGAAAAGGCAAGAAGAGUAAAAAAGAAAUACCUGUUGAGAAAGAUUUCUUUUCUUCGUUUACGAAGAGAGAUGACGAAGACGUUGGUAAAAAAGAAUUGUAUUCAGAUAUUACUAAAAAGUCACCACGGGAUGACUCACCAGAUUAUGAACCUGCUUCAAUAGUUGUUUCUAAAAUUAUUACUGACAUACAUAAAGAUCAAAUACUCAAACCGAGAAAAACCGAUGUGGCGCAUCCUGAAACAGUUCGUCCAUCAAGUUCGCAAAUGGUACCACCAACAGAAUCAGUUAUGCAAGGUUUCUUAACGGAAGAAAGAUUAUCUUCCGGAGAUUAUACUUUGAUUCAAGCAAGCGAUUCUUCUACAAGCUCCCACGGCGAGAUGUCUUAUGCUGAAAGUAGCGAUGCAUCUCCAUCUGCGCCUCCUGAAGAAGUGGAUUCCUCAUCACUUUUAAUUGAACCAUCAAAAGAUACAUCUGAAAGUAGUAUGAUACAUGACGUCGAAAUAAAACCAGAAGUACAAAAAGAUAUCGUUGUUAAGACUGAAAUCGCACCAAUUAAAGAGGCGCUUCCAGCAAAAUCGAAGGGUUCAACGGAAGAAAAUGUUUUAAUUCCAGAAAAAGGAAUUGCUGAUGAAACACACCUAAAGAAAUUAAAAGAACAAGUUAAAGAAAUAUCUAAAGAACCUGUUCCAAUUAAAGAAGAAGUGAUUGUCAAGUCAGAAGUAUUCCAACAAACACCUACAGCAACAAAAGAACAAGAAUUAUUCGAACCUGUAAUUGAAGAUAAACUUCAAAUUAAAAUCGAAAAAAUUGAUCCAAACGUAGCUCUAAUAACCAGUGAGAAAGAAGCUACGGAACAACCUCAUUUGCCUCAAAAGAAACCUAAAGCUGUGAAACAAAAACCGAAAGGUAAACACCCAUCAGUUACUAUAGAAGAGGUAAUUUCAACACCAGUUACUGAUACUCCAAUAACUCCGGGUACAGAUAUUUCAAUUUCACCUCCAGAAUUAAUUUAUACUCAAGUAUCCACGGUUUGGGAUAAACCAGCGGCAAUAGCCGAACAAUCGGAAGUUUCAGAACAACAUGUUCCAAUUCAAGAAGUAAACAUUAAGUGGAACCAAGCUCAAGCUAUGGAGAGGGUUAAGAAUUUGCAAAACGCGCAAAAGACGACUCAUUUAAGUAAUAUUUUAUAUUUGGCGACGUUAAGCGAAGUAAUCACCGAUGAAACCAUCGAAGAGAGAAAUAGUAAUAUUACCGAGAAUUUGGAUCAAUUACGAAACGCAGUUACGACAGGUGACGCUGUUAUUGUUCAAAAGAUCGUUGUUACAACUGUAGAAACGAUAACAACUUGGUUAGAAACGAUUGAAUACAGAAUUUAUAUGAAUAGACAACAAACAGGUGACGGGCCGUCUGUUGAAAGAGUUGAAGAACUAAACAAUUUGAAAUCAGAAAUUAAUACGGUCGAAAAUAUUAUUGGUACAUUGAAGAAUGAGUUUGAAAAUGCAAAUAGUAUUUGCGAUGUUGAAGACUCCGAAAGAAUGCAAAGUUAUAUAACAUCUUUAGAAUACCAAGUUAAAGUAAUCGAGGAAGCAACUGAAAAACACGAAAUACUUGCACAACAAGAUUUGAAUAGAUGGCAAGAACUUAUAGAUGGAAUACAAAGUGUUACAAAAACACUUAACGAUGUUAAAAACGAAGUAACUAGAAUGAAAGACUCCGAAUUAGGUCUUCAAAAAAUGUUGGAUCAAUUAGACGACUUUGAUAACGUCAAUAAACACGAAAAUAUUAAGAUUGUUCAUUUACUUUCAAUAGCAAGAGGUUUAAUGCGUGAUUUUCCCAGCAGAGAAAUUCCAUCAGAAGUUUAUUCAUGUUUAGAGUACAGCAAACAAUUAGAACGUUUGAUUCAAUCAGAAAGAGAUCGAGUAAUUGAGUUAAUAACGGUUGCUGAUGAGUACGAUAAAGCUCUAAAUGAUUUCGAACCGAUUAUUGAGCUAGCUGAAGCAAUGGUUGAAAAUCCUGUUUGUGUAAACAGUUUAGAACACCUCGAAGAAGAGAUGCAAAGUCAUCGACAGUUCUUUAGUUACUUAAGUCAUAGCAGAGCGUUGUUGGAAUCAUUAGAAGGAAAUUUAGUGAAAGCAACGAGAGAAUUACAUGCUGAUAGAUAUCUUCAACUCUGCGAAAGAACUAAUAUUAUCUUAGAAAAAGCAUCAGAAAGAUUAAAAGAAAUGUCUUCAGCGGCUACUAAAUGGACUUUACUUGAACAAGGUAUGAAAGAAGAACAAAGGUGGCUACAGGUAGCUCAACAAAGAGUUCCUGAUUUAAGCACCGUCACUUCAGCAGAUUAUGACCAAUAUAUAAAUUUGUAUCAAUCGUUAUCUUUGGAUAUUUCUAAUCAUCACACAAAAUUGGUUUACUUAAACAGCGUAGCUCAUAAAUUACAAGAAAUGAUAACAUGUUCGGCACUUGAUCAUACAUACGUUGAAUCAUUGGAAAUAAUAUUAAAACUACAUGAAGAUGUCAGUACAAAUUUGAAAAGACUUUUAGCGUUCCGAGAAACAUGGUCCACUUACAACAUCUUAACUGAUAAAUUGGAGUAUUGGUUAAGAGAUGCAGAACAAACUUUAGCUAAAGUUGAAUUUCCAAAUAGUUCCUCAGUUCCCGCCCCUGGAUACAUGAGACAAUUUUGGGAAUUAAAAGCUCAAACAGAAGUCCACAACAACAUCAAAAUAGAAACAACAAACGCAUUAGAAAAAUCAUUACAAGUUGUACCAGUUGCGGAUGAAAUGAUGCAAAGAAAAUUCCACGCAGAACUUUUAGACCAAUGGCACAAAUUUUCCGAUAGAAUAAACGCCGUGCAAAACGCUGUAAUUGAAAAUUUAAGCGCACCGGAUAUGCCAAUGAGUCAAAAGUUCACACUUUUAGAACAAGAACUACUCGAAUUAAAAGAAAUUCUAAACAGUCUUCAAGGAAUCAUCAAAACAGAAGAAGAACUAGACUUAUACAUCGAAAGACUUCAAACGAUGUCCAUCAGAGUUGGUACCAUUCAAAAUGAAUUAGGCAAAUUGGGAUUAUUAUCAACCACCGAAUCUGAAAAAGUUGGAAAUCUCUUAAUGUUAUCAAAACAAAUUGAGGUUCAAAUCAAUGAAGAAUUAGAAGGCGGUCAUCUAUUGAAAGAACGUUUACAAGCAAUCCAAAGAGGCAUUGAAAGAGUUAGAAAACAACAUCAGAACUAUUCGGAAACUUUGGAUCAGUGCGAAGGCGCCGAGAAAAUGGGAAGUGAAGCAGUCGAAAAAGCAGCUCAAGAUUGUUACGAAGUCAAUGAAGGUUUAGUGAAUUUAUGGCAAGAUCUAAUGGGAUUAAGACAACUUUUACACACCUUACCAAUGAGAUUAAGAGUAACAGUAUCCCCCAUUAAAGUUGAAAGAGACAUUUCUGAGUUACAAGACACCCACACUGCUUUAGAAAGAAGAUCAAUGAAUUUAUUGUCUUUAUUGAAAAACCGAUUAAGUUUGUGGCAAAGAUUUGAACGACAACUUGAGAUGGUACAACAAAACGUUCAAGAAGCUGAAUUCAUGAUGGAUUUACUUACGGUGCAAGGAAUGGUUGAUUACGAUCGACUUUUAAAAGCGACAGAACGUUUAGAGAACGUCACAGGUGAUAUGGUGAAAAGAGAAGAUCUCAUUGCAGAAUUAAAAGCGCUGGCUGAGCCAUUAACUGAAAGUUGCGCACCGGAAAUAUGCACUCAAGUUGAAGCUGCCGUCGCCGAAGCCGUAACAGCAUGGAACGAAACUUGUUCGAACUUGAAAAAACUUUGCUCCAAGUACCAACACGCAGCGGAAUUAUGGAAACAAUAUCGGGAUACUUCAGAUUUGGUUAAAGAAUGGAUUGAUAAUAAUAUAGAGACUUUGGAUAGUUUGGAUAUUGAUGAAGCAGUUCAAGUCAUUAAUGGUUGUGAAGAAACUUUAGCGGCUCAUACAAAUAAAUUAGCACAACUUCGCGAGUUAGUAGCAAAUAUAGCUUCCGCAGUCGGUUUAGAUGAACACGCUCUUUUCGGCGGCGAAGUUGAAGCGCUAGGAAAACGUCUUCAAGAUGUACGAGAAACCCUCACCACACUAGCUGAAGUGGCAGAAACCAAAGCUAAACUUAAAGUCGACACCAAACAAGAAUUAAGUGAUACUAAAUUAUAUUUAGAAAAAAUACAAAAGAGUUUAGAUACGGUGCAAAAAAGUGCUGAUGCCGGUGAAAAAUUAAAAAUGUUGCGAGAACAUCUUUUAUCAUUAACAAAAACAGAAGGUCAAAUAGAAACGUUGAACGAGAAAACGGUUGAGAUAAGCGAAACCGUGCAAAGUGAAGUUUCCGUGAUUGAAGUCUUGGAACUUUGGCAACAAGUUUUCAGGGAAACCUUCCAACAAUACCACAGAAUAAGCGCGCGAUUAAUAAAAGACGAAGACAGUAUAGCCGCUUUAAAAUUGUGGGAGGAGUAUUUAAUAAACGUACAGCAAUUCUUAAGCGAUUUAAUCCCAUCCGAUUACCACAGUUUAUCCGAACAUUUAAGAUUAUGCGAGGUCCAUCAAAGCUUAUUAGCAUCACAGAUGAAUAUGCUUUCACCUGCCGAACAAACCAAACUGAUCGAAUCCAAAGUUAUGGAACAAUUUAACUCUCUAACAAACCUACACAACGAAACGUUAGCCAAAAUCGUUGACAGAAAUAGUGAAGUUAAAGAUCGGUUAAGUUUAUGGGACAAAUACAGGGAGGACCAAACAAAAAUAUUGGCGUGGUUGAAAGAAAUAGAAACGGAAAGAGAAAGGAUGCAAUUACGAUACGUUCAGUUGAAAAGAGUUCCCAAAGUUUUAGAUAGAAUACAAGGCAUUUUAAAGCGAGUUCCUGAUGGAAAACAACAAAUUUCUAACUUGGAAUCCCAACAAAAACAGUUAUUAGAUUUCUGCGAUGGCGCUCUUGCGAUGUCGAUAAAAAUGGAACACGCUGCAAUUGAACAAAGGAUAUCAAAUUUAGACGCAGCAUUAAAUACGUGGUUAAAUUACCUAAAACGGAUCCAAAAAUCGAAAUUAAAUUACGAUGAAUUAACGACAACCUUAAGAGCGCAAUUUGAAAAUGUACAAGACACGAUAAAAGAAACUGUAAUCGAAAAUAUGUCCAAUCAACAAAUUAGCAACAAAUUAGAAAAUCUCCAGAGAUUAAGGUUUAGGUUAGGCGAUGCUAGAAAAGACUUAGAAAAUUUAUCUGUGAUUCAAGAAGAACUAAAAGAAUGCGUUAGCACGAGAGAUAUUAAAACGAUACGUCAAGAAAUCUGGUUAUUAAAGAACCAACACAACGAUUUAGAACACCAAUUAAAGAGUUUAUGUUAUAAAUUAGAAGAUCGAUUAGGAUUACGAGCCGCCUUUGAAACGAGACAAACCAAAUUCAUCGAAUGGACCGAAAUCAUGGAAUCAAUUCUUCUUCAACAAACUCUACCCAUAAUCCAAGACCCAGAAGAACUCCUUCGAAAAAUAGAAUCUGAGUAUAACUCAGAAAUGUCCUUAAAAGAACAAGAAUAUAAUUGGCUGGUUGAGACGGGCACGACGCUGAUCGAUUCUUGCGGAGACGAAUACAGCGAUGUUGUUGCGAAACAAAACCUCCAAGCUAGAUUAAACCAAGUGAGAAAUCGUUGGGAGUAUUUAGACAACAUCGGAAAAUCGAAAGUGAAUAAAAUUCACGAUAUGUUAAACACCAUGUACAAGUUAGAAGUAAGAAUUAGAGAAAUCCGAGCUUGGUUGAGUCAAAUCGAAGCAAAACUUUCUGUUCCUAUUACGUUUAAAGACACCUCGAAAGAAACCGUUGAUAGCUUAUUAAAAGAACACGACGCUUUACGAAAAUCGAUAGAAAAAGAAAGUGGAAAUGUUGCCGAAGUUCUUAAUCUAUGUACUUUACUCCUAAGCGACACAGAUGUGUGGAAAGCUCAAUACACCAGCGAAUACAUAACAUCUUCAAUGGACAACAUUCAAAGAAGGUGGAAAUUAGUUUGCGCGGCUUCCGCCGAUAGAAAGCGAAAAAUUAAAUUAUGCUGGCAACUCUUACAAGAAAUGCUUAAACAUUCCGAUCAAGAAGAAUGGCUCGACGAGCAACUCCAUCGACUUAACCAAUUAAAUAAAAUCGUAAAUAAAGAUCAAAUACCCGACAUGAUCGGUAAAAUCGAAAAUGUUAACAAAGAAAUUGAAUCGCGCGGACCAAUAUUUGAAAUAAUCGAACAAUCGUACGCUAAAUUAUUACAAACGAGCGAAAUUAAUACCGAUGAUAUCUUGGAAAUAACCAACAAAAUAAAAUUAAUAAUAAUUAAGUGGGAAGCUCUGAAAUCGAAACCGAAUGAAAUGCUUGAAUCGCUACGUCUAGAAAUGAUUAUGUACAAAGAUUUUAUUAAAGCGCAAACAACCGCCUUACUUGGUUUAUCGAAAUUAGACGCUCAAUUAACGGAGCUUCAAGUUGUUCGAAUGGAGAGAAACGAAAAAUCUCCCGAACAAAGUCUAGGCGUUAUUUCAGAAAUAGAUGAAUCUCUUGUCGGUUUAAUACCCGUCCUUGAAGAAGCCGAUAAACUAGGGUUAUUAGUCAUGGAAUCUAGUCAGGAGGCCGAUAUAAAUAAACUACAAGAAAUGAUAGACGAAUACCAAACGCUGUGGAGGUGCACGCAGGAGAAAAUAAGCAAAUUAAAGAUAGAAUACUCACAACGAAAACGAUCGAAAGAAGUUCCAGAAGCAGUUCAGGUGCAAACGUUAAAAUUGGAGCAGAAUACGGCGGUUCAAGUCGACACUUUACCGCAAUUAGCGAGAAUGACCUCGAUCAGUGCUAAAGACGCGUAUUUAUUGGAACUUGGUUCCGCUUUAGACGAAGGUAUGAAAAAUGUAAAUAAACUAAAAGAUCUUAUUACCGUGGACAUUCCUCAACAAUACUCACCGGAAUUAGUAUCGAUGGGCAAGAAAAUUGCUAAACUUAUGGUUGCUUGCCAAUCAUCCAUUGAUCUUGUAAAACACUAUCAGAAUUUGCUCAUCGACGAAUGUAAAUUAUCGAAUGAAGAUGCCCAAACUCAGCAAGUUGACGAAUUAAUUCAAAGAUACAAUAAUCUUAUUGAUAAUGCAGUAAAAAGGGAAGAUGAAAUUCGACAAGUAAGACCAUUAAUCUGUGAUGCAUACGUUUUUUAUUGCAACCAUGAAACUGGAAGGUUAUUAUGCCCGAUUUGCACCGAAAGAAAUUGGAGACAACUAGAAACGGAUCUUUGGCGAUUAGAGAAAUGGUUACAAGCGGCGGAAGUACAACAAAGCACUCAACGGUCGGUUUCAUCUAACACGGAAGUCCUGGAAGAUAUGAUACAAGACCACAAACAAUUUAUCUUGGAAUUGGAAAGUCAUAAAAGCGUUUUGAAAUCUUUAAAUGUCGUUGGUACUCAUCUUUCGGAACAUAGCGAACAAUCGGAUCAGGCGAUUACGUUUAGGGAUAGGUUGGAGGAUGGUAAUCGUAGGUGGGAUGCUAUUUGUAGAUGUGCGGUUUCUUGGGAAAGAAAUUUACAAAAAACAUUAUUAGAGAACCACAAUUUCCAUACGUUAAUCAUCGAUUUAGUACAGUGGUUAUCAAAGAUUGAAAAACGUAUAAAAUCAGCUGAACCGGUUGAUUUAAAUGCACAAGAAGCCGUUUUAGAAGCGAAAUUCCGUAUGUUUAAAGAGGUGAAAUUCGAGAUGGAACAUUGUGAGCCGCGUGUAUUGAGUUUAUAUGAAACUGCUAGGGCUUUAUUCAAACCGAACGAUGUGCCUGAAAAAUUCCAAUACACUUACGCGUCCGUAACCGAUUUAAAAAUGAAGCUACAAUCGUUAAUCAAACUCACCGGGAUUUACUUGUUGAAGUUAGGGGCGGUACUUGGUAAAAGUGACCUCGAUAUCAUCAGACCAGGAUCACCAUCCACUGUACCAUUGACACACGACCUUCAGGACCGACCGAGUACUUCCGAUGGGUCAUCAGGCACGCGAGGCGAUAACAACACUGGUGGCACUGCAGAUGAUAAUACAAGAAAACCAAGUAAAAAACGUUACCGUAUAAUAAAAGCAUCGUUGAUAAUUCAAGCGUUUUUGUUGCUAAUGCUUGGUAUUGCCUCAAUGUAUCCUUACAACGAGGAUGAUGCUGGUUGUUCGUUGGUGAAUAAUAUAGCAAACAGUUUGGCGCCGAUGUUGCGAUAUCCGGAUGGUCCACCGCCUGUGUAAAAAGUUUUCAUAAACAAGAAGCUGAGAAGCAAUUCAUUCCAUUUUUACUACUACGAAUUAAAAAUAUGAUGUUUUAUUCCUAUACGUCGAUGAGCGGAUCCUUUAGAUUAAGCGUUUUUUUCUUUUCCUUUGAUAUAUACCAAUUUUAUGUCACGAUAUACGAAUCGAUUUCUUUUUAUUUUAAUUUUUGACGAAAUAUAUGGUAUAAAUUUAUUAACGUAAUAGAUAGUUUUUUUAUUUGUACUUGUUAUUAAUCUCUUCUUCGGUACGAUAGUUUCUAUUUCGCAUUGUCAGCAACUAUCUUGUCUUGUAUACUUAUUCGAAGACGCGACGCGCACAUAAUUAAUAAAUCAUUAAUACUAACGCUACGAGAAUAUAACAUAACGUUUAAUGAAUAAAGUAUGUAUUGUAUAUACCUACAUAUAAUUCAGACAUGAAGAAAAAAUACAUAAUAUACAUUACUAUAUAUAAAGCGAUAAUUAAUAAAAAAAGGUUUGUGAUGAAAGUUGUACGACGAAAAAAAUAAUAGCCGCGAAAUCAUCGAGGCGUGGAACACUCGUUGGUUUUCGGAUUAACAUGAAAAAAAUAUGUGAUGCUUUUCUGAUUUUAAUUGUAAAGAAAUAUCGUGUUUAGUAACUCUCCAUAUUAAAUGAGAUAUUUUUUUUGGAUUAAAAUCAUUGGCAGUUUUUACGAAUGGUUGCCUUAAAAAAUAUUUUUAUUAUUUCUUAACUCGUUUUUUUAGUCAUUAAAUAUAUAAAUUAACCAACAAAAAAUUGUUCGUAACUCUUUUACAUUAAACAUACAAUAUUAUCUUUAAUAACUAUGUUUUUGUUGUGCAUAGGUAGUGGUUUUCACUCCCCAAUUGACUGAGUUUUUAAAGAGAUAGGAACAAUUUUUAUUUACAAAAAAACUAUAUACUAAUUUAUAUCCUAUGGUCAAGGUGCUAUAUUUUUGUUAAAUAGUAUUUAUAACUGUAUUCCAUUAUGAAUUACUAUUAUUAUCCUUGCUUAUGAAACCACAUUUAUAAAGUAUGGAUUGUUUUUCUUUUCUGUUUUCAUUUUGCUAAACAUUUAAAAAUCUAUAAUGAAUGUCCAUGUUCCUGUAUGAGCACGUGGAUAGUAUAUUAAUUUAAUAAAAACCGUUUUAUCAAA